AUGAGCAUCUCAACCAUGACUACUCUUCAGUUCCUCCUCUUGCUUCUGGGUAAGUGAAUCAUCUCUUCUGCACAAUUAACAGAAAGAUCUCUUCUCUUUUUUUUUUGAAAAAAAUGUUGCGCUGGUGGCGAUAUUUUUCUCUCCGCCUCGCUGCAUCCUUUUCGCACGACAUAGGAAGCUGCUGUGCAUAUACUGAAGUCCAUCUUAGUUCAGUGAUGUCUACGGUCCAGUUCAGUACUGAAUGGCAGUGGCUCUCGGGGGUUUUAGACAAGGGGACUUUUCCAGCGCUACUUGGAGCUGCUGAAGAUUCAACCUAGGACCUCCUGCAUGAAAAGCAGCUGCACUGAGAUAAAGCAAGAUUUCAGCCCUUACUGCUCUGAAUUAAGGGCUGAUUUAAAUAGGAACAUAGGAAGCUACCUUAUGCCAUUGUCAGAACAUUGGUCCAUCAAGCCCAAUAUUGUUGAUUGGGUUUCAGAUGGGGGUCUCUCACAGCCCUACCUGUAGACGCUGGGCUUUGAACCCCGCUUGCAAAGAGAGUCGUGUCUCUUCCCCAGACUCUCUGGGAUAUGAUUUUAGGUUAUGUUCCCCCUCCCCCAAUCCAAACUGCAUCCUAUCGUGCUUUCCAGACACAAGAGCUUCUUUCAAAGUGGUUUGCAAUCAUUUACGAACUUCAAAAGAAUUCAUUCAGUAAUGAGACAAGUCACAGAGAAACCUAGUAUAAAGCAGCUUUUGCAAUACUGUUUGUGCUAAAAGACUUAGGUCCCAAAUAUCGGCCCCUACAGACUUCCGCAGAUAUAAAAAUCAGCAGAGGGAUGGUGGCAGCCCUGGAGAGAAGCAUUUUCUGUAGCAGCCCCUAAGCUGUGGGACUCCCUCCCACAGAGCUGUGUUGUUAAGUUUUCAUGGAAUAUGAAUAUACAUCUCCUUACCCUGAUCUUUGACAACUGAGAUGUACAUUCUUGGGACCAACUGUAUUCCUGAGAUAGCCAUUUGUUUUAAACUGUUUUUAAUGUCUCAUUUUAAAUUGUCGGGGUCUGCCUUGGGACCUUGGGGUGAAGAGCAGGUCGAUAAAUCAAAUUAUUAUUAGCAGCAGCAACAACAACAACUCGAAUUCUCCAAGUUGCCGUGUUGAUAAAAUAGCUCAGGAAGCCUCAAGUUUCCCAAAAGUUGUUAAUUAGUUAAUACAUGUUGCACUGAGCACCAAGAUAGGCUUCUAUUUCAUAGGAGGAGACCUGUAGCUCAGUGGUUGAGCUUUGCAUGGAGAAGGUUCAAUCCUCGGUGUCUGCAGGUAGGGCUGGGAAUUGUCCCCUGUGAUUCAGUCACACACCCGCAAAUUUGGGCUGCACCGUCAUCCUUUUCACAUUCUUUUUGUGAAAAAGGGAAGUGGAGGGGAAAUGCUCUGGAGAGCCUGGGCUGACGUGAUGUCUCCUCUAGCCUGCCCACAAAUAAGUCAGAAUGAAUACUCAAUGAACAGGUCAUUUGGAAGAUCCAUCAAACGCUGUGGGUGGCUCUGCCAGUCAGUGAGGCGGUGAGAGGGCAUGUAUUUUCUGGACUCAUGGGGGAUCCACGCUUGUGUUUUACUGGAACACUCAGAACCACUUCUUCUUCUUUGGCGAUCGCUCGUAGCUGAGUAAGAUAGUCUGCCAAAGCAGGGUUUUAAAAGUGAGUCCGUAAGUGACUGCAGAGGCCAUGUCCUUCCACAGUGGGGACAUUGGUUUCCAGGUGGGAGUUGAUCACGGUGUGGAUUUGCCAAGCGUGCCUUCCUCUUAGCACGUUUCUCCUUUUCAUCCUUUGGUUUGAGCGUCUUCAAAACCCACUGCACCUUUGGCAAAGGCUGUUCUCCAACUGGAGCGCUCGCAGGCCAGUGUUUCCCAGCUGUCAGUGUUUAUACUACAUUUUUUUAGAUUUGCCUUGAGACAGUCUUUAAAUCUCUUUUGUUGACCACCAGCAUUACGCUUCCCACUAACCACUAACCGGAUCCCAAUGCAAAAGAUGCACACUUGGGAAUUAUAAUGAGCCUUUGCAAAUUUUCACCUAAGAAAACCCUAACUCCUCUUGGCACUUGAGAUGUAUAUUUUAGGACCCACCUUAUUUUUGUGAUUGUAAGUUUUUAAAAAUAAUAAUUAUUAUUAUUUUACAUUACAAAACAGCACUACACCACCCUCCCACCCUUUCUGAAGACGUGAGGUCAGACUACGCCGAAGCUCGCAUCUCUUAAAUUGUCAUAGUCCAUUUGUGUGGCAUACAGUCAUAGCAACCAAUAUUUUAUAUAUAUAUAAUGUGGAGAAGGUCCCACAUUCUCCUCUUUUGCACUGCGCACAAUAAAAGGAUACCAAUCCACUGGAAAUGGGUCUUUUUGUUUCAUUUCCAUUGCUAUUUUUCGUUUAAUGGUUAAUUUUUCCGUCAGCGCUAAUGGCCAGACUAUUUUUAUGCUGAGUCGUCAAUGUUGCACCAUCUAAGAAUUUCCAGUAUUACCAGUCUGGCUCCUAAUAAAGCCGGCCAAAAAGAUGCUUAAGAUGCAGGUUCAGAUUGUCUCCCUAGAAAGUAAAGUCUGGGUCUCUGACUAGACUUUGUCUGGUUAUCUCCAAUUUCUUUGAACACAUCCGCUCAGAAUGCGGCCACCUUAUCACAAGUCCACCACAUUUACAUCGCAAGUAGUUUUAAGUGGCUUUAACAUUGUGUUUUAAUUGUCACAAGCUGCCCCGGGACCUUAGAGUGAAGGGCAGGUGGUGGAUCAUGAUAACAGUAAUAAUAAUAAUUUUAAAUGCUGAGGCACAUUUCACAUCAUGUCUGCCUUGGAUCUGAGCUGAGAAAAGUUCAUUUUCCACGGAAACUGCUCUGCUCUAUACCUCUUAUGUCUUCUUCUUCUGUGGCGAUCCCUCGUAGCCGAGUAAGAUUGCUUUCCAUAAACACGGUUUUAACAAUGAGUCCGUAAGUGACUGUGGAGGCCAAUUCUGGAUCCACUCGUCCUUCCACAGUGGGGAUAUUGGUUUCCAGGCAGGAGUUGAUCACGGUGUGGAUUUGCCAAGCGAGCCUUCCUCUUAGCACGUUUCUCCCUUGCGUCCUGAGUUCGAGCGUCUUCAAAGCCCAUGAGACCUUUGGCAAAGGCUGUUCUCCAACUGGAGCGCUCGCAGGCCAGCGUUUCCCAAUUGCCGGUGUUUAUACUACAUUCUUUUGAAAGAGUCUUUAAACCUCUUUUGUUGACCACCAGCAUUGUUGUUGUUCAGUUGUUUAGUUGUGUCUGACUCUUCAUGACCCCCUGGACCAGAGCACACCAGGCACUCCUGUCUUCCACUGCCUCCCGCAGUUUGGUCAAACUCCUGCUGGUAGCUUCAAUAACACUAUCCAACCAUCUCGUCCUCUGUCGUCCCCUUCUCCUUGUGCCCUCCAUCUUUCCCAACAUCAGGGUCUUUUCCAGGGAGUCUUCUCUUCUCCUGAGGUGGCCAAAGUCUUGGAGCCUCAGCUUCAGGAUCUGUCCUUCCAGUGAGCACUCAGGGCUGAUUUUCUUCAGAAUGGAGAGGUUUGAUCUGCUUGCAGUCCAUGGGACUCUCAAGAGUCUCCUUCAGCACCAUAAUUCAAAAGCAUCAAUUCUUCGGUCAUCAGCCUUCUUUAUGGUCCAGCUCUCACUUCCAUACAUCACUACUGGGAAAACCACAGCUUUAACUAUACGGACCUUUGUUGGCAAGGUGAUGUCUCUGCUUUUUAAGAUGCUGUCUAGGUUUGACAUUGCUUUUCUCCCAAGAAGCAGGCGUCACUCUUUCCAUUUUUAAGUUUGGAAUAGAGUAGUUGCUUUGGCAGAUGCUCGUCAGGCAUCCGCACAACAUGACCAGUCCAACGAAGUUGAUGUUGUUAAUGCACGAUGCCGAUGUACCAAUCUGAUCCAUUAAUUAAAGGUUUUGGGCAAAUUGGAUUCAGCUGUAAAAGAUUCGCCCUCAGGAAUUAUAAUGAGCAUUUGCAAAUUUCCACCUAAGAAAAGGCAAAGAAAAUACCUCCCCCCCCCCCCGGCUGCAUGUUAAAUGCUGAGAGACAUUUAGCGUCAUGUCUAGUUUGGAUCUGAGCUGCUAUGCCACAAAAACCACUGUGCUCUGCAAGACUUCUUCAAGAUGAGACUUCCCCAUCUAGAAAAAUGAGUUCUCAGGGGGUGGGGAGCUUAGUCAUAUCAAUAAAAAUAGCAAUUCCAUCCCACACUUGCAGUGAACCUGUUAUUUAAAGUAGCAGCACUUACUUUCGGAACUCCCAGCCCAUUGAUGUUAGAAAGAUGCCUUUACUGCAUUUCUUUCGGCACCUGCAAAAAAGUUUGUUUCGGCAACCUUACUAGGGCAUAUAAUUUUAGCCUGAGAGCGGGCGUUAUGUAACACUAAACCAAGGUUUGGAGUUACAUCUGAACCACUGCUGUAUCAGAACCAUAGCUUUCCUACUGAAAUAUACUCGGAGUCCUGUAGUGAUUUCAUGCUCUUUAUUGCAGCUUGUAAAACAGUGAUUGAAUUGCCCCCCAAACCUCAAGCUUUUUAUAUACAUUAUUUACACAAUGAGUCCCAUCUGAUUGGCUGAUUCUGCUUCCCUCCUGAAACCUGAUUGGUCUUUUCCUGCCGGCCAAUCACUUGUUGCAUUCUAGGAUCCUACUUGCCUAUUGUUCUAGGAUCCAAGCUUAGUAUAUAACACCUACCCAACUUGCAGCUUCUUUCUCCUUCCUAGAAUAAGGUGGAAGGGAUCUCCAAAGGCCAUUUAGUUCAACCCCUGCUGCCAGGCUAGGGCCACCCAUCACCCUCUGUUAAAAACCCACUGACUUCUGAGGCAGCCCAUUCCUCAUCAGAAUGUACUUCCUAAUGUUUAAACAAAUUCCCACCUGCUGUCAUUUCAAGCCGCCAGUCACUCAUGGUCUUUCUCUCAGCUCCAGAUCCUCUGAAGAGCUUUAACAUUGAUACCAGCUGGAGGUGGGUCUCACCACAAGUCUCCCCUUCCUUUGGACAUCAGGUUUUCCAACACACAGAUGGGCGACAGAACUGGUAAGGGGAAACGUCUUGAGGCUGGUUGAGGGGGAAAGGAAACUGCCCCACUUCCUGCAACUGGAAGAAUUUUCCAGAGAAAGGUGCAAAAUUGCAUCCAUGUGUGUGCCAAAUCACCACAUAAAUCACUGCACAGCCCUGACUCAGUGGCUUGGACUGAGACAAAGGAUUGUUUUCGCACAUUAAACACAUAAAUUGGGUAACCAACGGCAGAAGGUCAGUCUCAUUUGAAAACCGCUGUGUGAUUGGCCACUGUGAAGGACAGAUGGGGAGAAAUGUGAUUUUGUUUGCAUUUGAAUAAGAAAUUAUCGAAUUCCCAUUGCUCGGACCAAUCCACGAAAAUGGAAGCCUUCCAAAUUCACGCUUCUCCAAAUUUUACGAUGCAGUUCUCCAACAAACACUGUGCACAAAAAUGCAUAUAUAUGGGGAAAGAGUACCUAAAAAUGGAUAUAUUAGCAAAAAUAAAGAUGCAAUUACCCUGCAGAGAAAUUGGUUGCAAAAAUGUUCAUACUGUAUGGCAUAUAAAAAUAUGGAAAUUAGGAGAAAUGUGUACUAGAGUAUUGAUGAAUUUUCAUGAGGACUUCUUGUACAAAAAUAACUUGCAAACUGGUACAGAAAUGUGGGGAACAGAAUCUAAGGUGGGGUUAUUAUUAUUGUUUAAGUGAGGCACUGAAAUUGACAGCUGUGUCCAUCCCUCGAGGUAAGUUUGGCUGAGAGAUAGUGGCUGAUCGAAGGUCAGCACUUCAGAGAGCUUCAUGGCAGAGUGGAGAUUCGAACCCGCUGAGCCAGCUCUUUGGUCCCUCUACCCUAGUGCUGUCUGCUCUGACCGGCAACAACUUUCCAAGGUCUCGGGUAGACAAGGCUCUUUUCUCAUGGACCCGCUCCCUGGUCCAUUUUUAACUGGAUAUUCCAGGGAUCAAAUCUGGGUCCUUCUUGUUUGCAAGAAAAAGUGUGUUUGCUCUUCUGUUCCGUUGUAGCUCCUUGUUGAGUUAACAUAAUUAUGAAGGAAUGGGGGUGUUUCUCAGAUGCAUGAACAAAAUCUUAAAAGCUGCACAGAGGCUUGCUCUGGCCCACAGUGAGGAAUAUAGAUUAGUGGUUUCCUCUAGCAUAUCCUGCCAGAGGGCUGCGCUGAGAAAUAGAUUUUGGUUUAUAUUAUAAAACAUGCUUUUUCAUACUAGGCAGACAAGGGGAAGAAUGAUGACGAUCACUCAAUGGAGCUUCUGCAUCCAGGAAUAUUCUACCCCCUGAGUAACAAAAAGCGCCAGGAGGGCUGUUGUCUCCCAGCCCUGGCUGUAGGGCGGUUGCAUGUCCAACUUUGCAGGGGGACAUCUUAGGUCUGCUCCAGGGCUGGAGAGCCUUUGGCCCUCCAGAUGUUGGACUCCCAGCUCUCAGCAGCCAGCAUGGCCAAUGGUCAGGGGUGCCAGUUCCUGGGGACCGAGCCCUUUGGGCGGCCCCCAAUAUAUAUAUUUUAUAUAUAUAAUUUUUUAUUAGUUUUUCAACAUAUCAUUUUCAACAAUAGUUAAACGAACUUUUACAUCUUAUACAAAUUUUUUGACUUCCAUCAAUCACAUCUGAAAAUUUUCCAAUCUAUUCACUUAAUUUACAUUUCUUGUUUUCACUAUUACUUUUAAAUCUCAUAACUAAUAUCUCUUUUUUUCUCUUCUUUGCAAUAUUUCAUAUAUUUCUCCUUACAAAACUUCUUGUAGUCCUACUAGCGUAAUUUGUUGAUUACAGUUGCUCUUCAAAUAAUUCGUAUAUUUCUUCCAAUCUUCUGUAAAUCUCUGGUCCCGCAGGAUUUGAAUCCGGGGGGGGGGCAAUAUUUUGGGGGUGGGGGUCUGGCCCCCUCAAAGUCCAAAAAGUGUGGAGGACAAGCACGUAGUCAAGUAUGAGGUUGCCUCCCCCCCCGGCCCUUGGAAGCUGGUGCUUCUGCUAAUGGUCAGUCUGAAGAGUUGUCCAGUUUAACUUAAAGAUAAAGAGCCCUAAGAAAGGAGAGUGGGGGUCGAGGGGGGCAGUUUAGGACCUUGAAGUUGGCAUCAAAACUUAGCACUUGCAUAACAUAUUGAGCAAGCAAGGACACAACUCACCUGGGAACAGUCUUCCCCACUAUGGUGAAAUGGGUUGCAUUUCUAUGUAAUGAUUUAGCCAAGGGCACCCAUCCAUAUGGACGCGGGUGGUGCUGUGGGUUAAACCACAGAGCCUAGGACUUGCCGAUCAGAAGGUCGGCGGUUCGAAUCCUCGUGACGGGGUGAGCUCCCGUUGCUCGGUUCCUGCUCCUGCCAACCUAGCAGUUCGGAAGCACGUCAAAGUGCAAGUAGAUAAAUAGGUACCGCUCCGGUGCGAAGGUAAACGGCGUUUCUGUGCGCUGCUCUGGUUCGCCAGAAGUGGCUUAGUCAUGCUGGCCACAUGACCCGGAAGCUGUACGCCGGCUCCCUCAGCCAAUAAAGUGAGAUGAGUGCCGCAACCCCAGAGUCGGCCACAACUGGACCUAAUGGUCAGGGGUCCCUUUACCUUUACCAGUUUAGCUUAAAGAUAAAAAGCUCUAAGAAAGGAGAGUCGUAAUGGGGGUCAUGGUUGGGGCAGUUUAGGACCUUGAAGUUGGCAUCAACACUUAGCACUUGCAUAACAUAUUGAGCAAGCAAGGACACAACUCACCUGAACACAGUCUUCCCCACUAUGGUAAAAUGGGUUGCAUUUCUACGUAAUGAUUUAGCCAAGGGCACCCAUCCAUAUAUGAACUAGCAUGCGUACUCUUUAAAUCUAAAUUUCCUGUGCAUUUCGUGCAAAUUUUCACCCUCUUUCUGUUGGGGUCCGCUAAUCAGGCCCAAGCUGCCUUGGUCACCCAAAAGCCAAUAAAUGUCAUAUAGACAGAGGAGAUUCCCAUAUUCACUCGUUUAUUCAGCUGAGUAAAACAGAGCGGGUGAGCCACACUCACCAGUGUGAUGGUGAAGCCACGCCAAAUAGCCUUUGUUCAUACAUUUUAUAGGAAUUUCCCCCUUUCAAGGUUCCUUGCACUGAUAGAAACAGGACCCCCUGCCUGGAGACCUUGAAAGGGACAGCUGCCAGGCAGAGGGAGGUUUUCCUGAAAAUCGCAUAGCAACUGUUAUCUGGUCUUCACAUAUUUGUGGCUCACCCUCCUAAAUUCUAAAGCAGGCGGUUUUUUACAGAAGCAAAAUGGCAUCAGUUGGGCUAACCCAAAAAACACGAUAAGAGCAGGCCGCUGUGGCUUUUCCUGAGACCCCAAACUUUCGUUUAUUUUGGAGAUUUUGAAAAACAAACAUGAAAAAAGCUCAGCAAAUUUGGCCGCCUCCCUGCCAAAAAAAAAGCUCAAAAACUUUUGUGUCUGGAUCGUUGCUCUCCAGAUCUCUGCUUUCACAGAGUUUCACACUAAAUGGCAGGCUAGGUAAAUUCUCCAUGUGUUUGGAUCUGACCAUUCUUAUCCCCACUGUUCUUCUUCUGUUCUCUGUUUGCAAAGAGACUGGAUUUUUUCUCUCUCUCUUUCUCUCUCUGCCUCAAAAAAGGAUUGUAGCUGCUUCCUUGGGGCCAGGCGACUUGGGCAAGCUGUAUAAAUGCAACCCGCAGGAUAACCAUUGCGAAGCAGUAAGCUUAGGCGGUACGUACACUUCUUAAUUUUUCAUAUCCGUGAAUCCAUACCUGGUCUUCCUUCAAAAGUAUGCAAGGCGAGGCAGCUCGUGCAAAACGAAGCCACCCAAUUUGUUGGGUGGCUUCCAACAAAUUAAAACACAAUACUACAUCAGACGUUAAAAACUUUCCCAAACAGUGGGGAGGUGAAAAUAAAGUUGUGUGUGUGUGUAUGUGUGUGUUCUCAUAUCUAUACCCCCAAUUUCUUUCUUCUCCCUCUCAAGAAAACAUUCGGAAACUGAAAAAGCUCCGGUCUGGUAUUGCUGUAGCCCAAAGCCCAGAACAUAUCCUGGUAAGUCGCAGAGAGAUUUUGCAGAGUUGAGUGUGUUUUGCUUUGUAAAGAAAGUUGCCUCAAGCCAGGGAUACAAUUAAGAUUGUGGCAACAAAGUCUAGUCAUGUAACUAGCCAUCAAGGAUUAGGUGGGCCAAGAAGGGGCCGCGUGUUUUCUCACCCCACCAGCUGCCCCCAUGCCAUGCCGUGUAUAAAUCUUAAAUUCAACAUACCCACUUAAUUCAUCCUUUUUUUAGUUCCAAGGCCACCAUUUAUUUCCAUGCAUUUAUUCACCUUUGAACAUUUUACAUGUAUGGUACAUGACAGAAUUGGGGAACCUGUGGUCCGGCAAAAGUGGGGGAAACAGAGAGUUCCAGACCAAAGAAGCCUUCUGGUAAAGACAUCAGAAAAUAUGAAAAGUAUCUGAAACUGGGAAGUGAACCCUGACCAGAGGGAAGACCUCAUACAAAUCCUGGGAACAAGCCUGAGAGUUAACUGGGGCAGAGUUAGGAAGGGUAAUUGGCUAAUAUUAUUGUAACCUUAAACAUCAGGAAGAACUUUCUGACAAUAAUAAUAGUAGUAGUAGUAGUAGUAGUAAUAAUAAUAAUAAUAAUAAUAAUAAUAAUAAUAAUUUAUUACUACCCCGCCCAUCUACAUGGGUUUCCCCAGCCACUCUGGGCAACUCCCAACAAAAUAUUAAAAAUACAUUAAGACAUCAGUCAUUAAAAACUUCCAUAAACAGGGCUGCCUUCAGAUGUCUUCUAAAAGUCAGAUAGUUGUUUAUUUCCUUGACAUCUGGUGGGAGAGCGUUCCACAGGGCGGGUGCCACUACCAAGAAGGCCCUCUGCCUGGUUUCCUGUAACCUCACUUCUUGCAGCGAGGGAACCGCCAGAAGGCCCUCAGCGCUGGAUUUCAGCGUCCGGGCUGAAUGAUGCGGGUGGAGACGCUCCUUCAGGUAUACUGGACUGAGGCCAUUUAGGGCUUUCAAGGUCAGCACCAACACUUUGAAUUGUGCUUGGAAACGCACUGGGAGCCAAUGUAGGUCUUUCAAUACCAGUGUUAUGUGGCCUUGGCGGCCGCUCCCAGUCACCAGUCUAGCUGCUGCAUUCUGGAUUAGUUGCAGUUUCUGGGUCACCUUCAAAGGUAGCCCCACUUAGAGCACAUUGCAGUAGUCCAAGCGAGAGAUAACCAGAGCAUGCACCACGCUGGCGAGACAGUCUGCAAGCAGGUAGGGUCUCAUCCUGCGUACCAGGUGGAGCUGGUAAACAGCUGCCCUGGACACAGAAUUGACCUGCACCUCUAUGGAAAGCUGCGAGUCCAGAAUGACUCGCAGGCUGCACACCUGGUCCUUCGGGGGCACAGUUGCCCCAUUCAGGACCAUGGAGUCCCCCACCCCCACCCACCCCCUGUCCCCCCAAAACAGUACUUCUGUCUUGUCAGGAUUCAACCUCAAUCUGUUAGCCGCCAUCCAUCCUCCAACAGUAAGAGCUGCUGGACAGUGGUCUCCCUCUGGAGGUUGUAGACUCUCCAUCCUUGGAGGUUUUAAAGCAGAGAUCCUGGAUGCUUUUAGUUGAGAUUCCUGCAUCUCAGGGGGUUGGACUAGAUGACCCUCGGGUCCCUUCCAACUCUGCAAUUCCAUGAUUCUCUCUGUGAAGUGAAAGGGGCUCCACCCCUUUGCCAUCUCACACAGAGUUCUCUUUGAUGCUUUGCAUUCUUCUCAAUGGCCCAUCCCCAAGCUAGCACCUCACCCAGGAGGCCACCCUGGCUUACUUAGCCCUUAACACAUGCUGAUUCCAGAGGAUUGGCAUUGUCUAGCACACAGCCCAAUGCAAACAGGUCUGGCCGAAUGUCUGUCUGAUACACUAUUUCCCAGUUUUAACACUGCCAAACAUUUAUUAAAUUCCGACACUUGCUCAGUCCGGAGAUCACAGUCGCCUUGCGCCCGCAAACUCAUAACAAUAUAAAGUCUCUGCUUCUCGGUUUCUUUGUCUCUCUCCCUUGACAGGCUUGUCUCCAGCACAGACGGCGUCAGCGGCGUCGAGUCACGGAGGAGCUGAACGGUCUUUGUGUGCUGCUUGCAGCUGACUUCCAGGAGAAGGCUUUUAUCAACCUCACAGACAUCAGUACGAGAUGUAGAUGUGUAUUUAGAUGUAAUUGGCCACAGCCGUGUUCGGUUCAUCGGGUGCAGGAGGAAACUGGCCCCGUGUCCUGAGCCGCCAUUUGUGUCUGACAUUUCCUCUACCAUAUUUCCCCCUGAGCUGUGGUUUUGUGUCUGAUUCUAACCCCAAAGCCACCAUCUCCCCUGACGCGGCCAAGUUGCACCUAGCCCAGUCCCUUGAGCCGCCAUUUUGCAUCUGAUUCUGCCCCUGGCGGUUUCCCAGUUUGCAUAUGGUUUCAAGAAGCCCAAAUGAACUGCAAAACUGGCCUGAAUUUCUCCCCUCAUCCCUGCUCUACGCAGGUACAAUGAAAAGAAUGUCUGCUUGCUGAUUAGCUUUGACUGUCAGAUGUGAGCAUCCCUUUGACUUUGUCCAGCCUUUCUCCUGCUGCCUUUGACUGGUUCUUAUCUGGUGGUCCUCCUGUUCCUUCAGAUGCCUUACUGUCCCUCUUGUUUUUAUCGGUUUCUGCACUUCCUGUAGUCGAAACCAAGUUAUUAAGCCAGAGGAGCGAAGAGCGGGGGAAAAGGGACACCCACAGUCACGAAAUCGGUGGCGUUGACACCAACCAGUUUGGUUUGGCUGCUAGUACUGUAUGCAAAGGUGAGAUUGAAAGAUGGAACUUUUGUUUUGUUUAAUUGAUUACAUUAUUAUUAUUAUUAUUAUUAUUAUUAUUAUUACUACUACUACUACUACUGUAUAACAUUUACAUUUGAUUUGGGGUUUGUUGGAGGCAUGCGGCUGGGUGCUGUGAGAUUCCAACCACGUUUGGAUCACACAAUUAACACACUAUGAUACCACUUUAAACAUUCUUAAAAAGGUAAAGGUAAAGGGACCCCUGACCAUUAGGUCCAGUCGCGGACGGCUCUGGGGUUGCGCGCUCAUCUCGCUUUAUUGGCCAAGGGAGCCGGCGUACAGCUUCCGGGUCAUGUGGCCAGCAUGACUAAGCCACUUCUGGCGAACCAGAGCAGCGCACGGAAACGCCAUUUACCUUCCCGCCGGAGUAGUACCUAUUUAUCUACUUGCACUUUGAGGUGCUUUUGAACUGCUAGGUUGGCAGGAGCAGGGACUGAGCAACGGGAGCUCACCCCGUCACGGGGAUUCGAACCGCCGACCUUCUGAUCUGCAAGUCCUAGGCUCUGUGGUUUAACCCACAGCGCCACCCACGUCCUUUUAAACAUUCAUAAAAGGUAAAGGUAAAGGUACCCCUGGCCGUACGGCCCAGUCAUGACCGACUCUGGGGUUGCGUGCUCAUCUCGCUUAAGAGGCCGGGAGCCAGCGCUGUCCGAAGACACUUCCGGGUCACGUGGCCAGCAUGACGAAGCUGCUCUGGCGAGCCAGCACCAGCGCAGCGCGCGGAAACGCCAUUUACCUUCCCGUUAUAAAGCGGUACCUAUUUAUCUACUUGCACUUAGGGGUGCUUUCGAACUGCUAGGUGGGCAGGAGCUGGGACCGAACGACGGGAGCUCACCCCGCCGCGGGGAUUCGAACUGCCGACCAUACGAUCGGCAAGCCCUAGGCACUGAGGUUUUACCCACAGCGCCACCCGCGUCCCAACUUUAAACAUUCAUAGCUCCCCACAAAUAAUUCUGGGGGCUGUAUUUUGUGAAGGGAACUCUGUUGCAGCAGAAAAAUAAAGAUCUGCCUUGCUUUCACUGCAUCCUGCCUUCAUCCAUUCAUCUCUGACCGAUCAUGGACUUAGGGGGCUCUGUUCCUUGGGGAGUUGGGCAGCAAAAGCCAACCGCCCUUAUUUUUCUAUAUCGUGAAGGGUGCUUGGAGUUGGUAGGAGAAGACUCCCUUUCCAUUCCCCUCCCAGAGCUACAGUUCCCAGAGUGUUUUAACACACAAUCCCUCUUCAGAACUGUAGCUCUGGAAAGAGAAUGGAGGGUCCCCUAGCAAAUCUCAGCUCCCAGAAUUCUUUGGGAGGAAGCCAUGACUGUUUAAAGUGGUAUUAUACUGUUACGGUAAAAUCUGGGUGCGGGGCUACUCUGCCACCCAGCUCGUUGGACUAGGUCCGCGGGUCCCUGCGGAAGAAAAUGAGCUCAGCCGGAGACAGGAGCAAACUGCAGAAGAUCCAAGUUUAUUGCGCAACAGGUUCAAGGCGAGAUUGAACAGCGAGAAAGGGGUGACAUGAACUUUUGAAAUUUCCCUCCAUGUCCCAGAAUACAGUGCAAAAUACAUCCCAGUUACAUCAUGAAUACAUUAAGAAGAGGUUGGGUUACACAGAUUACAUCACGAAUACAUUAGGAAGAGGUUGGGUUACACCGGAUUAACAUAUGGAGGAGGGAGGGGGGAAUAUGCAGAGCUGGAGAUAUGCGCAGAUAAGCACAUCCUGAGAAGACAAUGGUCCAUGUAUGCAUAGUCUGUCACCUGGCAUCGCCCGGAGGAAGGGCUUGGCAGAGCGAUUUGACAGGAUUAGGGUCUUGACACCUUGCUUGAGGGAUUAUGGAGGGCACGGGAGGUGUCAUGGAGUCCUAGAGAAAUUGAGCAAAUUGGCAUGUUGAUUUUCUAUGAAUUUUAUAGAUUUUAGUCCCUUUUGACACUGACAAUUGGAAAUAAAUGGAUAUAUUGUAGCGAAGAAGGAGGUGAAGAAGAAGACAUGCCCCCCCCUUCCGUAUCAAUACUAAUUUAAAUACGUAGUGUGAAUGCGGCCUCUGGGUUUGGUUCUUUUGUUUGUGUGUCUCUUUCUUCAUAAAACCACUGCCACAGUGUCUGGUGCUUUCAAAGACGGCAGGUCCCUGCCCCGAGGCGAUUGCCAUUUGAUGCAGGAAGGCAAUUUCCCAAACUUAUGGGUUGAACUCCAGAUUGCCAGCAUUUUCCAGGAGAAACUAUUAAUAUUAGUAGUAGUAGUAGACAGUGCUUUUUCUGAAAAAUUGUUUAGGGGGUACUCUCAUUUUGACUCAAGAAAACCACCAUUUUAUAGUUCAAAUCAGGGAAAAUGAAUACAGUAAAUGGACAAAAGUACUGUACAAAGAUUCACAAAAUGUUUAGGGUGUCUGCGUACCCCUGGAGAAAAAGCACUGGUAGUAGAUAUAUAGUCCUGCUUUCCUCCAAGGAUCAAAAGGUGGUGUACAUGCUUCAUCCCUUCUCCAUUUUAUCUUCCCAGUGACCCUGUGAGGUGGGCAGUGACCAGGCUGAAAGAUGGCAACUGGCUCAAGGUCACCCAGUGAUUACUCCCCCCUCUCCAAAAUCCUUAAUCCCUUCACUUUUUUUUUUAAUUACAGUUUUGUCCCACUGCUCCUCCAAGGAAUUCUAGUAGAAAUAGUCCCUCCCUCUGUCGUUUCAUCCUCACAAAAACCCUGCAAGCUAGGUCAGUCUGCAAGAUGGGUGACUGGCCCAAGGUCAUCCAAUGAGCUUUGUGGCUGAGUUGAGAUAUGAAUUCUGUAUGCCGAUAAAGGUUGAUUAAUUGAUUGAUUGAUAUGAAUCCUGAUCUGCUGGGUACUGUUCUGACAUUCUUUAUACUUAAUUUCCUCCUUUUUAAAGAAAAAUAUUCUACAGAUGGGAGCUCUGAGUUUGGCUGCAAAAUUCUUGAAUCUAACAACAACAACAACAACAACAACAACAACAACAACAACAACAACAACAACAACGGAAACAACUACUACCUGGAGGAUGAGGAGGAGGAUGAAUCCUGUAAGUCAGGGAUGGGUAGAAGGAAGAUGAGGUGUGUGUGUGUGUGUAUCAACAUCUGGAGAGUUACAGGAACCCCACCUCUGCAGUAUAAAUCUAAGCAAGUAAUAAAUCCAGUAUCAGGAAUAAAUCAAAUGUUUGUUUCCUUCUGUUUACCCUGCCUCUUCCUGACGGCUGCGGUCUUGGCCUAGGGCUCAGCAGCACAGAACUGGUCUCAAAUACCAAAAGUCAUUAUUAUAGCUGAGAGGGUUUCUGAACAUCCACAGGUUAAAGUCCCAAAUAAAGCUCAACAAGUUUUGGAGGGCCACCCCUAGGAAAAACCCUGGCUUUGCCACCCCCUUCACUACUGAGCAACCACAGCAGUCCACAGUCAUUUGUGCUUAGAGAGCAGGGUGCCUUGGUCCAAGGGUAUAGAAUGGCCCCCAAACCUCUCACUUUUAAAAAUCAUGUAUUAAAAUUAGUCCGGUAAGGGCUCUUUCCACGGUCCAUCUCAUGAUCUUUUCCGCGGCAGACCUGCGGACUGAGAUUGCCUUGGUCCUGGACGGCUCCGGGAGCAUCGACCCGCCGGACUUCGAGCGAGCCAGGAAUUUCACCUACAGCUUGGUGAAGACGUCCUACGAGAAGUGUUUGGAGGUGACUGCCUCUGCCUUUUGGGUUCAUGAUGGUGUUGUAACAAAACCUGCCCGUUUUCCCUUAUGGCGUAUCCAAGAGCCCGUGUAGAGUCCUUAAGUGGGUUCCCUAUCGGUAGGAGAAAAUAACAGAGGCCAACCAGAGAACAGUGAGAAGCAAAGCAGCUAGUAAGCCUGAUCUUUAUUAAAACUGUUGCAACAGGAUCCUCACUCACCACACACAGGAGGGAGGAGGAACCCAGAACAAAGGGGUGCCCACCCUUAUGUAGACUUUUGAAAUUGCCCACCCUCAAGCUCCAGACCACCCCCAGAAACAUCAUCCAUCCAUCACAAAAAGAGGUGGUUUCCAACAAAAUCUUGUCUGGCAGAAAACCUGUCAAUGGUCACUGAUUGGAUCACCUGGCUAGGCUGGCCUUUCUUUUGUAAUGAUAAACACUUAAUUCCUGAGCCAGGUCACAGGCUCACCCUAUUCAUACCUUAAAUGUGCCCUUAAGGCAGGAGUUGUGAGCACAGAGACAAUGGGGAGGUUUUUUCAUUUCCUCCCUCCUUGCAGAGAAACAUUUGGUCAGUUUGGGAGAGUCAGAACGGUUUCAGGACUCUCUUCCUGUACUGUUUCAGACAUGUGGUUUAUGUACAUGUUUGCCUUGUACAUUUAAUUUACAUAUUUGAGACCUUAAAUUCUUAUAACAACGGUGCCGGGGUUCUGCCAGGGACCAGGGCGGGUGUGUCAUCUCCUGAACGCAAUCUCUGCCUGCUCACACAGUUUCCUUCUUUAUUCCAGUGCGUCUUCGCCUUGGUUCAGUAUGGAGACAUCAUCCAGACAGAAUUCGACCUGCAAGAGGAGAGGGGCAGCGCCGCCCUGGAAAAAAUUAAGGCCAUGACUCAAGUGCGCAACACGACCUGGACUGCAUCCGCCAUCCAGCAUGUCCUGUGAGUUAAUGGGAACCCUUGAGGAAGAACUCUGUGUGACCCAGCGGUCUGCUUCUGGGAUAUUCUGCCCCAAAGCUUGCAAACCAAACAGUCAUUUCUUUCCCCUUUUCUUUUUUAAACAGAGAUUCCAUCUUCAACCCAAAUUAUGGGUCGCAGCUGAAUGCCUUGAAGAUCAUAGUUGUGUUGACAGAUGGGGAGAUUUUUUUGGACCCCUUGGACAUAGAAACCGUGAUCAGUUCGACCAGGGAGGCAGGCAUCACACGUUACGCCAUUGGGGUGAGCUUUGGGUUCAGCAAGGAUCUUACAGGCAUUUUUCCACUGGACAUAUCAGAACCUGAAUUCUUUGGCAUGACAUCAGGUUGGGGAGGUGGGUUUUGGUCAUGUGAAGGGAAUUAAUAAUAAUAAGCGCUCAACCUGAAGCACAUUCAACCCGAGGUAUGACUGUAUUGUAAGUGAGCUGGAACUGGUCUGUGACUGUAAUAAUAAAAUUCAAAUCCAGUAUUGCCGGGGUUGGGGUGUCCUCUACAGGUCGGGGAGGCCUUCGAGAAGCCAAAAGCACUGCAGGAGCUGCAGCUGAUCGCCUCUGACCCCGAUGAAAGUCACCUCUUCCGCGUGACAAAUUAUUCUGCCCUGGCCGUCCUCCUUUCCAUGUUGCAAGAGAAGAUCAUUGGCAUUGAAGGUGAGGCAUUGGGGUAUUUGUUCUUAGGCAAAGCUGCCUUAAACCAAAGGUGAGCUGAAGGGGAACAAACCCAAAGGAAACUAAAAGUCUGUACGUUCCCUUUUUCAGUGUAUAGUUAAGAGAGUAAGCUAUGAGCCAGGAUGUCCUCCUGAGCAGAACAUCAGAAGUUUCCUCACACCAGAUCGGAUCGUUGGUUCAUCUAGCCCAGUUUGCCUGCUCUGACUGGCAGCAGCUCUCCAGAACAUUCCUAACCAUACCUGGAGGUGCUGGGGUUUAAACCUGCCAUGCAAAACAGGGCUUUAAAAAUAAAGUAAGGUGCUACUCCUCAUGGUCCUGAAUAAAGGGUUGAUAUAGGAAUAUAGGAAGCUGUCUUAUAGCAACUUAGACCAUUGGUCCAUUGGGGCUGGGGGGGUUGCUGUGGGGGGGGGGGGUUGCUGUUGGUUUUUUGCAUCUUUGUUUUAGAUCUUGUUCUGAUUUAUGUGGAAAUUGUUCCACUUGGUUGUGAAUUUUUUUAAUGUCUUAUUUAUUUUUCUUUUUUAAAAAAUCAUUUUUAUUGAUUUUCCAAUAAAAACAGUCAAUCAACAUAUCUGCAUCAUAAUCCAAUUAUAAACAAGAAACUUAAAUUUUAAAAAAAGACCAAACUGUAGUCCAAAUUGUAAUUAUUAAUUUUUCCGGGCUCCCCAUAGUCUGGACCUCUGAAGCAUAUCUCCAAAUCUUCAGUCCUGCCUCUUCUCGUUGUUUUCAUAUUUUCCGCCUUCUGGUCUUAUCACUUUAAAGUUCUCUAAUGUCUUAUUUAAUUUUCAUGACUACUUUUGUUAUGUUGUAGUUAUCUAAUUCCCGCCCUUGGUCGCAAGCCGCCUUGAGCAUGGUUUGAACUGUGUGAGAAGGCAGCAUACAAAAUAAAAUUGUCUACCCUGACUGGCAGGGACUCGCCAGAGUUUUAGGCAAGGAAUAUUUCUCAGCCCUAACUGGAGACGCCAAAGAUUUAACCUGGGACCUUCUGCAUGCAAAGCAGGUGUUCUGCUAUUGAGCUUUGGCCCUCUCAGAAAUACCUCACUGACUUUCCUUCUCAGGAACGGAAGGUGCCAUCUUGGAAUUCGACCUGGCCCAAAGUGGCUUCAGCGUUCACCUCCUGCAUGAGGUAAAAAUGUGGUGUUGGUGUUUUUUGGGAGGUGGGCAAUAGAAAAAAUUCUAGAGUUGAAAGGGACCUGAGGGUCAUCUAGUCCAACUCGCCGCAACGCAGGAAUUAUGAACUUACUGGCCAGCCAGUGCUAUCUGAGUUUCUUUGCUUUUUUUAAAAGACCUAUUUAACUUCAAGUUUCGUUGGACAUGUUGUUGUUGUCAUUUAGUCAUUUAGUCGUGUCCGACUCUUCGUGACCCCCUGGACCAGAGCACGCCAGGCCCUCCUGUCUUCCACUGCCUCCCGCAGUUUGGUCAAACUCAUGUUCGUAGCUUCGAGAACACUGUCCCACCAUCUUGUCCUCUGGCGUCCCCUUCUCCUUGUGCUCUCCAUCUUUCCCAACAUCAGGGUCUUUUCCAGGGAGUCUUCUCUUCUCAUGAGGUGGCCAAAGUCUUGGAGCCUCAGCUUUAGUUGGGCAUAGACCUUCUUAAACCAAGGAUGAGCAGCCUGUGGUUCUCUAGUUGUCGUGGGACUACAGCUACCAAGACAGACAGAAGAAAGGACUUCUUCACACGGCACAUAGACCCUGAAACUCACUCCCUGCAAGAAACAAAGAUGGCCACUAACUUGAAGGGCUUUAGAAAAGAGGAUUACCUAAAUUAAUAGAGGAAAAGGCUUACCAGCGGCUACUGAAAAUAUUAUGGUGCACCCGCCCCCCACCGUAUGUAAUUCAAAACAAAAACAAUAUUAAAUACUAAAAUAACAUUUUAAAACAAAACAAAACAUUGAUUUAUUGCAACACAUGACAGGAUCCGAUUUCCUCCUAUUCCUUCGAUCUAUAUUAGGGCUACUAACUUUGUCUGGAUUUUCACUUUGGGGAAUAUGACAACCCUAAUCCAUAUUAGGAUUUAACCUCCUUCCGUCAGGCCUGUAAGACAGAGCUAGUCCACCUGGCCUUUAAUUUGAAUUCAGCCGGAUCUUUUAUUUCCCUUUUAUGAAGAUCACCCACUCUGAGACCCCACAGCUAAUUCUCCCCUGGCCUCCUCGCUGGCCCAAGUAGGACCAAUUCAGCCAGCUAGCCCUGGGGAUUAUCUAAUUGAUUUUUGAAUUUUAUUGUUAUUCAUGUUUUUAUACUGUAUUUUAUGCUGCUUUUCUAAUUAAGUGUUUUAAAUUUGUUGUUAGCCGCCCUGAGCCCAGUUUUUAACCAGGAAGGGCGGGGUAUAAAUAAAAAUUUAUCAUUAUCAUUAUUAUUAUUGUAUCAGGAUGCCCCCGGUUUAGGUGGGGAUAACUAAUAAAAAGGAACCCAGAUAGAUAGAUAGAUAGAUAGAUAGAUAGAUGAGAGAGAGAGAGAGAGAGAGAGAGAGAGAGAAGCAGGGGAUCUAUCUAUCUAUCUAUCUAUCUAUCCAUCUAUCUAUCAGCGUUCACCACCCCCAUCGUUCUACCCGGACACGGAGGUCCAGCACUGAGGGCCUUCUGGCGGUUCCCUCACUGGGAGAAGCCAAGCUACAGGGAACCAGGCAGAGGGCCUUCUCGGUAGUGGCACCUGCCCUGUGGAACGCCCUCCCACCAGAUGUCAAAGAGAAGAACAACUACCAGACUUUUAGAAGACAUCUGAAGGCAAACCUGUUUAGGGAAGCUUUUAAUGUUUGAUGUACUACAGUAUUUUAAUAUUUUUUUGGAAGCCGCCCAGAGUGGCUGGGGAAGCCAAGCCAGAUAAUAAAUUAUUAUUAUUAUUAUUAUUAUUAUUAUCUAUAUAUCUAAUGGCUAAACUUUCACUGACCCAACUGCUAUCUGUUUCAGCGCUAUAUACUUUUUGGUGCUGUGGGAGCGUUUGACUGGGCCGGAGGGGUUCUUCUCUAUGACAUGGCAGACAACACCGUGGUUUUCUUGAACGAGUCAAUGGGCACUACUGGUGCAAAAAACGGCUAUUUAGGUAAGGACCCUCUCAGAUGACUGUUGUUCUGCAGCUCCUCUGAAUGUUUUGACUUUCAGGGACACAGGAAGCUACUUUUUCCCAGGGUCUGACAGUCGAUCUAUCUAGCUCCAUAUUGUCAGCACAGAGCGUUGCCUGCAGGAGGAUCAAACCUUCUGCAUGCAAAGCAGGCACACUGCCAUUGAGUUCCCUUAUAAAGAAAGCAAGAUUCUAGUCUUUGUGGUUCGGUAUUAAGGGUUGAGGUAAACAGGAACGUAGGAAGUUACGUUAUACUGAGUCAGACCACUGGUCCAGCUCUCUGGGAUUUCCAGCAAAGGAUCAUUUUCUCAGUCCUAACUGGAGAUGCUGGGGAUCAAACUCGCGACCUUCUGCAUGCAAAGCAGGUUCUCUGCCACUUCGCCACAGCCUUUUCAAUUGGCUUCAAAUGAAUGGGUUUCUUCCACUUAGCUCUGAUCGACUGGGAGUGUGAGAACAAACAGAUCAAUGCAACUCUUGGCCCGUAGAAGGACAUUGAGAUAUAUAUCUUCAUUGCUGACAGAGUCAUCUAUCCUCAUCCAUUUUUCAAGGAGUUAGGUAUGGGAAGAGGACCAGCUUUCUUUCGUCACAACCGUUUUCUGACUUUCGCCCUGACCUACCCUCACAAGGCAGAGUCCCCAGGCAGGGGGGUGGGGAGAUUUGACAAGGAACCUGUGUCCCUCCAUCUGUUCCUGGAUGCAGCAGCCGCCAGUGCCCAUUUGGGACUGGUAGGGUGGCAGGCAGGGAGACGAACAGUAGGGGGAGCCAGAGCCAAUGGCUGGUAGUGGCGUAGUGCUCCGCCCCCCCCCGAAAAGUUUCCACUCUUUUUUUUUUUUUAAAAUUGCUUUUCUCUUACAGUGGUACCUCAGGUUACAUACGCUUCAGGUUACAGACUCCACUAACCCAGAAAUAGUGCUUCAGGUUAAGAACUUUGCUUCAGGAUGAGAACAGAAAUCGUGCGGCGGCAGCGGGAGGCCCCAUUAGCUAAAGUGGUACUUCGGGUUAAGAACAGUUUCAGGUUAAGAACGGACCUCCGGAACGAAUAAAGUACUUAACCCGAGGUGCCACUGUAUAUCACAUCAUCAACACAUACUACGUCAAGCACAGGAUAAUAAGAAAGAAAUAACAUAAAUAUAAGACAUAUAUAGGUGAAUAAUAAUGAUAACAUAACUCAGGGAACCAGGCAGAGGGCCUUCUUGGUGGUGGCGCUGACGAUUCACCGUGCUAGAGAAGAAACUAAAAAUUUUAAAUGUUUGGGUUUCUUCUGCAGUUAGAUUCACAGAAUGUUUAGGGGUAUGAGUCCCCCUGCGUCCCCCCAGAAAAAAAAGCACUGUCUAUGCCAUGGGUAGGGAAACUAAGGCCCGGGGGCCGGAUCCUGCCCAAUCGCCUUCUAAAUCUGGCCCACAGACAGUCUGGGAAUCAGCAUGUUUUUACAUGAGUAGAAUGUGUCCUUUUAUUUAAAAUGCAUCUCUGGGUUAUUUGUGGGGCAUAGGAAUUCGUUCAUCCCCCCCUCAAAUAUAGUCCAGCCCACCACAUGGUCUGAGGGACAGUGGACCGGCCCCCUGCCGGAAAAGUUUGCUGACCCCUUUAUGCACUCAUAAACUGAUGAGGAGGGAGAAACGAGAGAACCCAAAAACCAACCGUCUAACCAUCUAUCGCUCUGCAUUGUCCUUUGUGUUUAAAAGUCCCACCAGCUUCCCAUCUUCUUCUUGACCUUGAGGAAGUUCUGCUUCUGGUCUCUUUCUCCUCCAGGCUACAGCGUGGGCGCGAUCGACACGGCACGCGGCACUUUGGUCGUGGCGGGGGCCCCUCGACACAGCAUCAAGGGGAAAGUGAUGGUGUUUGAAGGAGACCGUUUAAAGCAGAUCCUCCACGGGGAACAGGUAUAUCAUUGCUGGAUCUUCCACAGCGCCUGCCUUGGAUCCUCCUCGUCUUCUCAUUUUCUCUUAGGCAUUUCCUGGAUCAGUGCCCUUCUGGAUGCCAGGCUGGUUUCGCUGGACCACUUAAGAAAUCGUUUAGCUGUUGUUCUACAAACCAACGAACAUACAUGAUUUCAUUUUAAUAAUGGCAGCCUGGUCUCUAGCUCAGGGUUGGGGACUUCAGGACCCUGUGGGCUCUCCCCAGACCAUUCUUCCUCCUUAGCCACAUCCUCUCUGCCCCCCCCCCCCGAGACCAGGCUGAGGAGUACAACUCUGAUGAGAAAUGGUGGGAUCCUACCCCUUCCCCUGCUCAUGGCCAGAAUCCCGAAACUCCACAGUAGUUGAUUUGGAACAACGGUUUGCCGAGGGUCACAGUUUGGAAGAUAAUAGCUGGGCAGAACCGGGAGGUGAACAGCAAGGAGAAGAAAGGGAAGAGAGUGAGAUAGCAGGCUCUCUCUCACUGGAAGAUGUGCAGCUUCUCAGUCCCAAGGCUAAGAGAUUAGAUAAGGUGGCUUCGCAAAAGGCUCAGUGGUUGAGAAAUCAGGUGGCUAGGAGACGGGAGGACGGAAGUGACUAGAGGGAAGUGCACUCCGAGAACGGCCGCUUGUUCUUUUGCUGCAUUCAUUAAACAUUUCUGUUACUGGUAAGAGACUGCUUUCUCUUUAUACUGCUUAUCUAUGGCCAAGGGGGGAGAAAGCUGAGCCCCCAAAGCCUGACCCAGGCCACUCUCCUCACCAAAACCAAAAUAAACUGUCACUGGUAGAUGCUGGCACAGGCAGACAAGGCAAGGAUUCCUGGAUUCCUUGUUAUAUACAUGUGCAUUUAUAUCCUUGUAUGUUUCUUUGGAAUUUGUGUAGCUAUUAUAUUACAAAGUGUCUCUGCUUAUAUGAUUUAGAGUUACACACAGCUGAUGAAGCCCCUUCGGGCAAAACGGGAAUAUCCAGUAAUCCUUGUCUUGUCUGCCUGUGCCAACCAUCUAACAGUGCCAGUUUCUUUUGUCUACCAGCUUGAUAGAUUAGAUACUUAGAAGAUUAUUUCAUGUCACUCUUCUAAGGAAUAGUUCAGACAGAAAAAUACAAGAGAAGAUGAAGAAAUUAGAAAUGAAUGUAUUACGGCACUGACAAAAUAGGAUUUGUAUUUUGUACAUACUGGGCUUGGUUGUCAACUGAAUAAGCUACAUUUUAAUAUAAUAUGUCACAAUGUUGAUUUUGACACUAUGAGAAGCUGUAUCUAAUUUUUGAAGAGUAGUUUCUAGUAAAUAACUUUGCAGUUGUUAUGAUACAGCCUAUUAAGUUUACAUGUUUAUUCGCUCUCCUCACCAGCCCGGCUUCACACCCUCCUUGCAUGUGUUUGCCUGUCUGGAAAUGUGCCCUUGAGCUCUGCUUGUGCCCCUUCGCUUGCCCAGAUAAAGACUAGAAAAGGGGUUCAUGACUGUGGAUAGAAACUUGUUGUUGUUUUUGUUUAGUCGUUUAGUCGUGUCUGACUCUUCGUGACCCCCUGGACCAGAGCACGCCAGGCACUCCUGUCUUCCACUGCCUCCCGCAGUUUGGUCAAACUCAUGCUGGUAGCUUAGAGAACACUGUCCCACCAUCUUGUCGUCCCCUUCUCCUUGUGCCCUCCAUCUUUCCCAACAUCAGGGUCUUUUCCAGGGAGUCAUCUCUUCUCAUGAGGUGGCCAAAGUAUUGGAGCCUCAGCUUCAGGAUCUGUCCUUCCAGUGAGCACUCAGGGCUGAUUUCCUUCAGAAUGGAGAGGUUUGAUCUUCUUGCAGUCCAUGGGACUCUCAAGAGUCUCCUCCAGCACCAGAAUUCAAAAGCAUCAAUUCUUCGGCGAUCGGCCUUCUUUAUGGUCCAGCUCUCACUUCCAUACAUCACUACUGGGAAAACCAAAGCUUUAACUAUACGGGCCUUUGUUGGCAAGGAUAGAAACUAGCCUACUGUAUAGAGAUAAGUUGUGCAUUAAUCGCUCUGUGUCAGGGACUGGGCAGAGAAGGACUGCUGGAGACCGCCUCCCCAUCCGGACCCUUCCAGGGAGGAGGAAGAGGAAGACAGUAUAGAUUUACAACAGGGAUUUGAGGGAGGUAGCAGCUCAGAGGCAGAUGAGAGGAAAAGCUGGGAAAUCAUAGGAGAGCCAGAGCAACACCCGGCUGACACAUUGUCAUUAGAAAGCAUCCCAGACCCUCCAUCUCCCAGAACCUGGCGGGCCUUGAAAGUAGGAGAGCAAAGAGCUCAAAGGCAGAGGGCACAUAGAGGAGAUGAUGGUGAUGACGAAUGAAGAAGUGGGAGAGCAGGGGGUGGGGAUUCUCUCGGGACAGCGCCAUUAUCCAAGAGACUGGGUUCUAUAGCCUCUCACUGUAAAGUUUGAAUCAAAAAAGGACUGUAAGAAACUUUUCAUUGUCUUUAUGCUUUCCUGGGUAACCAGCCAGGAGCUGCUGACAUCAUCCUGACUCUCUGUCUGCUUCUGGCCUUGCCCACCAUUGGUUUGUGGCCCUUGUAGAGUUGCCCACCUUUGUUUCUACUAGUCAUGUUGUGAGGGAAAAAUUAGUAGACGGCGGCGGCGGCGGCAGCAGCAUAUUAGGAAAAUCAAUUAAGCCAUUUCUGUCCUUACAUCGAACACUGUGGAGCGCUCUCCCCAGGGAGGCUUGUCUGGUGCCUUCAUUACCUAUCUUUAGGCACCCAGGAAACAUGUUUCUCUUUAAUUCUUUAACAUUUGGCUGACUAACAUUCUAUGUCUUUAAAAAUGUGUUUGUGAGAAGGGAGUUUUUGGGUUGGUUUUGGCUUUUUUCUUGUUUUUAUUACGUAUUUUGUGUUCUCGUUUUGAAUUUUCAUGUUGUGAACUGCCCUGUGACCUUCGGAUGAAGGGCGGUACACAAAUUUAAUAAAUAAAAUUGUGGCUGUUUAAAUCUUGAAUUCUCUGAUUAUAAAAGCAAAUUGCUUUCAGCCCUCGAGAGCAAAACUUAAAUCAAGCAUAUCCAUAUUCUUUGUAUAUAUCUAUAUCAGACAGACAGACAGACAGAUAGAUAGAUAGAUAGAUAGAUAUAGAAAGUGGAUGCCUUUUUGUGGUCAGCGUUUGGAAGCGUUCGGCAUAGAAAUCCCAUCAGUGUUUGUUCUCUUGGACUGCAGGUUGGGUCCUAUUUUGGCUCCGAGCUCUGCCUGUUGGACAUCGACCUGGAUGGGGUUACAGAUCACCUGCUUGUUGGAGCUCCAUUUUUCCAUAUGCAAGGGGAGGAAGGAAAGGUUUACCUUUAUCGCUUGGAUAGCCAGGUAAAACAUCCUACUGUUCACAUUUUACACCUGUGCUAAAAAGAUUGCACAGGCUGCCUGUUUACUACUAAUCAGUUUAAUACAGAAGAGUGUCUUCAGCAGACAGAAUUCUACACAAUUCUUAGGAGCUGCCGCAGGCCCUUUCCCAUUGCUCCGAAAUCCGAGGGCAGUGGAACAACCAAGAGAGUCCUUCCAAAUGCAUUUAUUAUUUAUUUUUAUUUCACAAAAUGUGUACAGUAUUCUGCUUGAUUGUAAGCGGAAACUCUAAGCAGUUUACCAAAGGGGGGGAAAGGGUUGCCAGCAAAAGACAAAGUUAAAAUGAGUAUUUUUUAAAAAAUAAAAAUACAAAUAUAGUUAAAAUCAGUGGUUAGGCUUGGGGGGGGGGGGGACUAAUUAAAACACCUAUCAACUUUGACAUGUUUUGGAUAGCUUUCCCUGAACAAAAAAUGUUCCAGUUUGCCAUGAGGGGAGAAGGAAGAGGGCGCUGCGAUCGCAGCAACCCGGCUGCUGCUUUUGGGAUUUAUGGGGUAGCUCGAAGGUCCUGGGGGUGACCAGGAAGCCAAGGGGUCCGGCAGCAAUGAAAGCAAGUUCCCAACAGGCCCAUCCAGUUUCCAAUGGAAAGUGAGCGAGGUCCCUUGCGAAGAGGUUUGGCAACUUAGAAUAUGCAGAACUUGCAGGUUCAACCCUCGGAAUAAGAGAGCAAGAAGAAAGUAUUUUUAAAGAAGAGUGGAAAAUAUUUAUUGAAUUGUACACAAUAAUUGUACACAGCUGAAAACGCUGGCAGCGUUAAGAUCAAUUCAACAGAGUAAACAAUAUUUGAUUGAUGUAAAAGUGGAAAAUUGAUUUGAAUGGUUCUAGUAAAAUAGGCAGGAAAGUAUGAUAUGAACCAUGGAAGGAGAAGAAGGGAAGCCGUUGGAUAUUUCAAAGUUUGUAAAAAAUUUUGAUUUGAAAUGUAGAAAAAUGAAAACUCAAUAAAAAAUUUAUAUAUCCAAAAAGAGUACAGUGAAGGCAUCUGCCAUGCUAAAAGAUUGAUUUCUUACAAGAGCAGAAUUAGGAUCACGUGGCACUUGUAACAGUACCAGUUCUACAGAUUUCAGUGAUGGGGUAAGGGGAUACCUCAAGUAAACUGGUCCCAAGCUGUUAAAGGCUUGAGUUCACUUGAAGGAACCUCCUUACACACAAUUCAGGUAAAUUCAGUUGAAGGAACCUCCACCAACAGGUGGAAGCAGCAGACAAAAAGCACUUUCAUGUAACUUUCCCCUUUCCCCCUCUCUCCUGCUUUCUCCCAGGCCAACAAUUUUACUCUACAGAGACAUUUACAGGGCCAGCUGGGGUCCCUUUUCUCCAGGUUUGGAUUUGCCAUGGCUAGCAUUGGUGACGUGGACCAGGACGGUUUUGGAGAUGUUGCCAUCGGCGCACCCCUCAAGGACCAUGGGUCAAGCCCCAACUCUUUUGGCAGUGUUUACAUCUUUAAUGGCGGCAAGGAGGGUUUGCGGGAUCCCUUCUCCCAGGUAAGGGGGCCUUGUGGAAUUGUAUUUCGGAGAAAGAAAGAGGGAGACACUGCUUCCAGACGGCUUGUUUAUUGAGCAUCCCUCCUGAUUUGUUUACAAGGAGAUUAGACCAUGUUGGCCAUUUAUUGAGCCUUCCCUCUGCUUAGUUUGCAGGGCAUCAAAACAACAUAGGAAGCUGCCUUAUGCUGAGUUAUGGUCUGUGAGCUGCAUGGCCAGGGAAAAAACAAUGCUAUCCAGGGUUGUAAAGACUGCAGAGAGAAUAAUUGGGCGCACUCUUCCCACCUUAGAUCAAAUCUACAGUGGUGCCCCGCAAGACGAAUGCCUCGCAAGACGGAAAACCCGCUAGACGAAAGGGUUUUCCGUUUUUGAGUUGCUUCGCAGGACGAAUUUCCCUAUGGGCUUGCUUCGCAAGACGAAAAUGUCUUGCGAGUCUUGAGAUUUUUUUCCCGCUUCCCCCCCCUUUUUCUAAGCCGCUAAGCCGCUAAGCCGCUAAUAGCCUUUUAGCAGCUAAGCCGCUAAGCCUUUAAUAGCCGCUAAACCGCUAAUAGCGCUAAGCCGCUAAGCCGCUAAUAGGGUUGCUUCGCAAGACGAAAAAACCGCUAGAUGAAGACACUCGCGGAACGGAUUAAUUUCGUCUUGCGAGGCACCACUGUAUGCUGCCAGGUGCCAUAAGAAAGCAGCGGAGAUAGCACAGGAUAGUACGCACCCUGGAAAUGAUCUCUUUCAGCUUCUGCCUUCUGGAAGAAGGUAUAGGGUUAUAAAGGCCAGGACUAGCCACCUGAAAAACAGUUUCUAUGCAAAUGCAAUUCUGGUUCUAAACGCAGCAUAAGGGGUUUCUACAGUAUAGUGUAUUUUAAAAUAGGGUUUUAGAGUUUUUAAGGGUUUUUGAAUGUUUUAUGUAGUUUUGUAGUAGUUUUAUGUAGUUUUGCAAUUUCAUUGUCCUGCAUGGGACAAUGACAAUAAAGAUAUAUUGUAUAUCGUAUGCUGAGUUAGACAGUAGCUCCACCUUCCUCAGUCCUAUCUGCACCAGAGCUUUCCAAACUGUGUGUCGCGACACGUUAGUGUGUCGGUUGCAGUGUGCAGGUGUGUUGCACAAAUGCUCCCCACACUCUUCCCGGGGCUGGAAAGGGGCUAGUUCAUGGGUAGGCAAACUAAGGCCCGGGGGCUGGAUCCGGCCCAAUCGCCUUCUCAAUCCGGCCUGCGGACGGUCUGGGAAUCAACAUGUUUUUACAUGAGUAGAAUGUGCCUUUUUACUGAAAAUGCAUCUCUGGGUUAUUUGUGGGGCAUAGGAAUUUGUUCAUUUUUUUUUCUUUCCAAAAUACAGUGGUACCUCGUGUUAAGUACUUAAUUCGUUCCGGAGGUCUGUACUUGACCUGAAACUGUUCUUAACCGGAAGCACCACUUUAGCUAAUGGGGCCUCCUGCUGCUGCUGUGCCGGCGUUUCCGUGUGCUGCGCUGGUGCUGGCUCGCCACAGCAGUUUCGUCACGCUGGCCACGUGACCCGGAAGUGUCUGCGGACAGCGCUGGCCCCCGGCCUCUUAAGUGAGAUGGGUGCACAACCCUAGAGUCGGACACGACUGGCCCCUACAGGCAGGGGUACCUUUACCUUUACCUUUAAGGAUAUAAUUGCAAUAAUUAAAUAAUGGAAGAGGGUUUCCCUUGCAUGGGACAGUUAAAAGGUGCGCUGUGAGGGACUAGCCAGCGUGCCAUGAGAAAUAAAAGGAGUCUUCAUAAUCAUUUAAAGCCCCUCGCAAGGCGAGCACAACAUAACCACCUGCAGAGGAGGCUCCCUGGUCUGACUCUGUGUGAGUCAGCUGCUCUGGGCGUCCCCCUUUCCAAUUAUGGAGAAACAAAAGGGUAGAGGGAUAUCUCUAGAUAGCCAGUCUAGAAGCUUUUAAGACCCAAAACAUACCAUACAUUUAAAACAGGCAUAAUCAUGCCACUUUAAACAGCCAGAGCUUCCCCCCCAAGGAUUCUGGGAACUGUAGUUUGUUAAGGUGCUGAAAAUGGUUUGGAGACACACACACACAUGACAUCUCAUUCCCCACACAAAGAUAAAAUAUGCAGAGUGGUUUAACAAGGCUCUCUUGCAAUUAUAACUCUGUGAGGGGGCACAGAGGCAUCCUAAUAACUCUCUCAGCACCCAUAAUGCUUUGGGGAAAGCCGAAACUUUAAAAAGUGGCAUUGAAGUGUUUUAAAUUAGCAAGCCUCAAAGCUUGACCUUCAGCCCAGCAACUUUUCAGACAACACAGGCGCUGGUACUCACGAGCUUAUCUCUCAUUAGUGGGAAAGAAGCUACUUUCUCAAAGGCCAGUUUUGUUACCCAGAGACCUGAGUCAGGGAACUGUUUUCUUUGAACAAGAAAACCAUUUUCUCGACUGCUUCACUCAUGUGAUAAGUCAGCUUCCUAUGUUGCUGUUCAAAACAGCCCUUUGUUCAGAGCCACGAGGAUAGGAAUUUUGAUUUACAGUGGUACCUCGGGUUAAGAACUUAAUUCGUUCUGGAGGUCUGUACUUAACCUGAAACUGUUCUUAACCUGAUAUAUUUUUUUUUAUGAUAUAUAUAUCAUAUAUUUUUUUCCAAAAUACAGUGGUACCUCGGGUUAAGUACUUAAUUCGUUCCGGAGGUCUGUACUUAACCUGAAACUGUUCUUAACCUAAAGCACCACUUUAGCUAAUGGGGCCUCCUGCUGCUGCCGCGCCACGGAGAAAUUGUGCCGGAGCACAAUUUCUGUUCUCAUCCUGAAGCAAAGUUCUUAACCUGAAGCAAUAUUUCUGGGUUAGCGGAGUCUGUAACCUGAAGCAUAUGUAACCUGAGGUACCACUGUAUAGUCCAGCCCACCACAUGGUCUGAGGGACGGUGGACCGGCCCCCUGCUGAAAAAGUUUGCUGACCACUGGCCCUAGUUUAACCUCCGGUUUGCUCACAAAACUGGAUUGCUGUGUCGCACAAAAUGAUGCAUGUCUACAAAGUGUGUCACCAACAUGAAACGUUUGGAAAGCUCUGGUCUACACUGACUGGCAGUGGCUCUCCAGGGUAGUGGUUCAGGCAGGGGGCAUUCCCAAGCCUACCUGGGGAUGCUGGAGAUUGAGCUUGGGGUCUUCUCUGCCUGCAAAAAAACCGCUCUGCCCUUGAGGUAUAUGACCCUUCCCCUAAUAAUACAAUGGUACCUCAGGUUACAGAUGCUUCAGGUUACAGACGCUUCAGGUUACAGACUCCGCUAACCCAGAAAUAGUGCUUCAGGUUAAGAAAUUUGCUUCAGGAUGAGAACAGAAAUCAUGCUCCGGCAGCGCAGCGGUAGCAGGAGGCCCCAUUAGCUAAAGUGGUACCUCAGGUUAAGAACGGACGGUUUCAGGUUAAGAACGGACCUCCAGAAUGAAUUAAGUACUUAACCUGAGGUACCACUGUAGUCUAUUAAACAUUAAAAGCUUACCUAAAGCUUCCCUAAAAGCUGUUGAGCUUUUUUCAGUUUUGCCCAAAGUUCCCUAUUUUAAAGGCAAAUCGCAAAAAAAGACAGUUGACAUGGUUGACAUAUGUCCAGAUUUCCCUGGAUGUUUCAGUGAUUUCUGCCCAGACACUGUUUCCUGUAGUUUAUUGCUGGCAACCCUGCUCUAACCCCAUUAUACCUGCACAGCAAUCUUGUAAGAUGGGUUAAUCCGAGAGACCAAGUAUGCUUCACGACUAGGGAUUUGAAGGCUGGUCUCUGGGACCCUAGUUCAGCACACUAAACACUGCCCCCGCUGUACCCCAUUUUUCUAUUUCCCUCUUCUGAUUCCAGAGGAUAACAGCUGCUCAAACCGGUCCGCCUGGACUCAUGUAUUUUGGAAGGUCCGUGGCUGGUGGAUUGGACUUCACUGCGGACGGUCUCCCCGAUAUUAUUGUUGGAUCAUUAGGUUCUGUUACUUUGCUCCGGUAGGUCGUAAUGAUCUUUGGGUUUUCUCCUGGGGAAAAGAGAGACUAAAAACCCCUCUGGUCUGCAGUCUUCUUGAGCUGAGUUUUUCUGUAGACAAAAAACAUUUUUCAGCUGUCGGGGAAAAACAUGUCUAGCAUCAGCAUGCCAAAUAAAUUCAGAACUCACCCCCUUUUCCAUGCAGUCAUGAGGGUAGGCUUGGGCUGGCAAUUUGGGGUCCGUGUUGCAGGUGUUGGUGUGCAUGACUGGAUGUUACAGAGCUGAUCAAAUCAGCAGCUUCUAGGCUAGGGAUGGAGAAUUUCAGCCUUCCCACCCUCCCAGACCAGGAGUGGGAAUGUUUUUCAGCCCAAUAACCUCCUUCCCUUCUGAUCAACUUUUGGGGCAGGGUGGGGGGUGGGCAGAUGUACAAGUGGGCAGAGCAACGGGUUAAAAAUUAAUCUUUGCACAGUAGGGCUGGGCGAUUUAUCGAUAUAUCGCUCAAAGCCGGUUCAAAGUCCAUAUUGCGAUAUCAGUUUCAUAGUUUUUGACCUGGCAAUAUGUUGCAAAUCAGGAUGUGUGUUAGGGCUGGACGAUGUAUCAUCUAAAAAAUAAAAAAAAGGUAAAGGACCCCUGACAGUUAAGUCCAGUCGUGGCCGACUCUGGGGUUGUGGCGCUCAUCUCGCUUUAUUGGCCGAGGGAGCCGGCAUACAGCUUCCGGGUCAUGUGGCCAGCAUGACUAAGCCACUUCUGGCGAACCAGAGCAGCGCACGGAAACGCCGUUUACCUUCCCGCCAGAGCGGUACCUAUAUAUCUACUUGCGCUUUGACGUGCUUUCAAACUGGUAGGUUGGCAGGAGCUGGGACCGAGCAAAGGGAACUCAACCCAUUGCAGGGAUUUGAACCGCUGACCUUUUGAUCAGCAAGUCCUAGGCUCUGUGGUUUACACCACAGCGCCACCCGCUUCCCUCCAAUUUCAAAUCCAUAUCAUGAUAUUGGUUUCAUCAUUUUUGACCUGGCAAAUCUAUUGCGAAUCAGGAUGUCUGUGUGCUUUGCAAAAAUCACAAUGUGGGGACGGAUGGACGGACCUUGAAGCCAGCCAGUGCCUCUACAUAGCUCCACCCUUAUUACAGGUAUCGUGAUAUAUCAGUAUAUCGCGAUGUCUAGCUAGUGAUUUAUUCCGAUGUUGAAAACCAGAAAUCGCCCAGUCCUAUUGUAUAGGAGGCUGCUUUGUACACGAACACCCCUCUCUACUCUCCAUCCAGCAAGCAAGAGACAUUAUCAAAGUUCAAAGACAUAUUUCCAGCUGGGCAAAGCCACUUAAGGAGGAUGUGAAGCAGAGCCAGUGAGGGAUGAAACCUAGGGAUAGUUUCAAGGGCCAGGUAGAGAGGCCUGGGGGGCCACAUUUGGCCCAAGAGGUUCCCCACUCCCCUAAACUGUGCCCCUUUCACUUCCCCAUCUCACUGCCCAAAUACCAACCAUAUUCUGCUCCAUAAUCACCCAGGCGGCUGCUGAUUUGUAGAGCUCUGCUGAGGCAGCCAAGAAAGUAGCCGUCCUUGAAAUAUUAUAUGCUUCCAUUUGCAUUUGGGGUUUGAUUUUAAAGCCGAGCCUAUCUUUCUUUCCCUCUUCUUCCAUUUAGCUCCAGGCCAAUUCUUCGACUGGAACCCACCAUGCACUUUACCCCGGGGAGAAUAGUCCAUUUCGACGGCGUCGUUACGGCCAGAUUGUGCUUCAAUAGGGUUUCCCCUCCUGGGACCGUGCGGUCAGGUAAUGAACACCCACAUGGCAAGCAUUUUAGCAGCGCUUAACUUUAGCCCAACAGGGACGCAGCAGCAGCUGUGCCGUACAGUUGGCACUUAAUUUUCCUCUAGCGGCAAACAAAAAGGAAGUUAUAUUUCUGCUGCCGUGGAGUACUCUAACAGCUCUGCAAAGCUACAGUUGGAGGUCAAGCAAAGGCGCAGUCCGCUCUCAUUUUCCAUUCAGACUUUGUAUUUUGGAUGAAUCUGCCAUGUCGAUUUCUCUCUGCUUCUCACACACCAAUUCUUAAACUCUGUUCACAUUUCUGUUGGAGGUUGCAGAUUAUUGAUUCAGUGCCCUUUUAAAAUAUAUGUGGGUGUUUUUUUUUGGGGGGGGGUGUUACAGUGGCGCCUUGGUUCUCAAAAACCCAGAAGUAAGUGUUCCGUUUCUGAACGUUUUUCGGAAGCCGCAUGUCCGAUGCGGUUGUCGGCUGUUGUUUCCGGGGCACCUGCACCAAUCAGAAGCUGCGCCUUGGUUUUCAAACAUUUCGGAAGUCAAACAAACUUCCAGAACGGAUUAAGUUUGAGAACCAAAGGAUAUAUACACAAAUAAAGCUGUACUCGAUGGAUGAAAGGAUAUGUGAUAUCUGACAUGAUUGAGAAUUGUAGAGCCAGAGAUGGAGAACUUUAAAGCGUUAAAAUCGAGAUGUGGAAAAUAUGGAAACAAUGAGAGGCAGGAUUGAGAUUUGGAGAUAUGCUUCAAGGUCCAGACUAUGAGAAGUUCCAAAAAUUAAUAAUUAUGAUUUGGAUGAUAAUUUGGUCGUUUUUUAUUUUAGUUUUUUAUUUUAAUUGAUUGUAAUUUGAUAUGUUAAUUGGAUGUUUUUUUAUUGGAAAAUUAAUAGAAACGAUUUAACAUAAGUUUGAGAACCAAGGUACCACUGCAUUGGGUUGUUCUUGUUUUUAUUUUGAUUAUGUAUUUUGCGUUUUUAUGUUGUGAUUUUAUCCUGUGAAACACCCUGAGACCUGCAGGUACAGGGCAGUAUAACAACAACAAUAAUAAUAAUAAUAAUUUUUUAAUCCCUGGACUUUUUUCACCAUCCUCCCCGCUGCCAAGCGUUUCUUUCUUUCUCCUAGGGCUGCCCCACCUCCUUCUUCGCUACACUGUGGAUUUAGAUGUUGAGAUGGGAAAGAAGAGGAUGCAGUUUGAGGACCAAACAUUCUCCAGCAGCAGCGACACCUCCUACACUGGGGAUUCUUGUCCCGAACUGCAGCUCCACAUCCUGGUGAGUGGAACAAGAAAGCGAGUUCUACGCUGUGGGUGCCCACCCAAGCAGCAGCUAAAAUUGGGGGGGGGGGGGAGGGACACUGUGGUGGAAAUCCCCUAAGUCAUAAAUGUUGGCCUGAGAGCACCAUCUUUGCUGCAAAGUCAACGUGCAUCGAGGAUAGAUCUGUCACUAGCUGAACAAAACCCCUCCAUGUCUAGAAGCAAUCUACCUGUUAGUAUCAAAUGUUGGGGACAAUCAGCAGGGAAGGGCUACCUGUAUUUGAGCUUCCCAGUGCUAUCUGCCUGGAGAAUGUUCCGUGGGGUCUGAUCUGUAGUUCAGGUUAGCAGAAGCGCUGUAGGCAGGUUCAUUUUUAAAAAAAUGAUUUUUAUUAACUUUCAAUUUAACAAUAUAUAAUCACAUCAUUAUUUUUCACUUUCUGGCUCCCUAGAGCCUAUUGACUUCCUUCCCUCCCGUCUCUUGGCUUUUAAAAUUAACCUUUAUGUCCAGCAUUUUAUACUUUUUUCAAAUCUGAUUAAUUUCAUAACAAAAUACCUCAAAAUUUAAAUAAGUAUAAAAAGGGAGAAAAAAGGGAUAAAUAAGUAUAAAAAGGGAGCUUACAAUGUUUUUCCAAAUAUCAUAUAAAUUUACUCCAGUCCUUUUGGAAUACUUGAUCUUGCUGGUUUCAGAUUUUCCCCGUCAGUUUUUCCAAUUCUGCAAAGUCCAUCAUCUUAAUCUGCCACUCUUCUAUCAUUGGUACUUCUUGUUGUUUCCAUUUUUGGGAUGAAAGAGUUCUUGCUGCUGUUGUCGCAUACAUAAACAAUCUUUUAUCUUCUCUUGGUAUCUCUUCACCUACUAUACCCAAUAAAAAGGCUUCUGGUUUUUUAACAAAGGUGUUUUUAAACAAUUUUUUAAACUCAUUAUAUAUUAUUUCCCAGAAUGCCUUUGCUUCUUUACAAGUCCACCACAUAUGGUAAAAGAUACCUUCCUUUUCUUUACAUUUCCAACAUUCAUUAGUUCUUGUCCUAUAGAUUUUGGCAAGUUUUGAUGUUGUUAGAUACCUUCUAUACAUCAUUUUCAUGACAUUUUCUUUAAGUGCACUGCAUGCAGAGAAAUCUCAAUUCAGAACCAUGUGGACUGGCACCUUGUUUUUAGUUUUAAACAAAGAGCUGUAUAUUGUGUGCUCUGUUGGAAUGAGGGGGGAAAGUUAAUUCAUUUGAUGUUCAAAGGUAAACCUGCCUAAUUUGCAGAUUCCAAAACAAUAUUUGGACUGCAAUAAAGACAUCCUUUAAAAACCACACUUCUCGAAAUCUGGCAAUGCACUUUUCCGGAUAAGUAUCGUUUACAAAAAUGCAUGCACUAGGGUAAAGUGUGCCUAACGGGCAUGUAUUAGUGAAAACAACAUAUGGAAAUUGGGGGGGGGUGGAGGGAGGGAAUGCAAAAUUGUGUAGAGUUGUGUGCAAAAUUGCAUACAAAAAUGGGUGGGUUAAGAGAAAUUCGCACUAUAAAAUGCUGAAGAAUUUGGAAAUUGCAAAGUGAGAGAAACCAAAAACCGAUGCUUUGAUGAUUAAAAAGAGCUGUGUCAGGACCAGAGCAGGAAUAAAACUAGAAAGCUGUGUUCAGCUGGGUCGGACUAUUUGAUCAUAGGAACAAAGGAAGUGUCCACUCGUGUCUCAUGCUAGUCAAGCAAAAAUACAGAUUAAAGGCACAUUUCCAUCCAGGAAAAUGCACUCAGUGAGGAUGUCAAGGUAGGCUCGUGAGAGGUGUGGUCUGAGGAGAGAGGGUGUGGUUUUGGGGAGAGUCCCGGGGGCCGGAUGGAGAGAUCUGGAGGACGGCAUUCAGCCCUUGGGCCUGAGGUUCCCCACCCUUGCCCGGCUUGCUUGCAAAUUCAUCUGUCUCUUUUUCAACUACAAUAUCAGCCCUGCACUGAUGACUGUUACUCCGACAUUACUCUCCGCCUCACUUACGAGCUUCAUGACCCUGACGGAAAAGUCCUGGACCACCCCAAGCCUAUGCUUGAUAUGUAUCAGAAACCUGAAGUGGAUUUCCAGGUAACAAGAAAUAAAUAAUGGUUUUUUAGGGGUCUUAACUUUGUCUAAUCUUUAUACUGCAAACUGCCCUGUGAGCUUUGUAUGAAGGGCAGUAUAAUAAUGAUCAUCAUCAUCUGUUAAUUUGUGGCAGAGUGCCCAAGAGUGCUUCUGUGUGGUGUUGAAGCUUAAACUGAGGACUCAGCUACACUGCAAAUAAAACAUUUUGUAAAGUGUUGUAAAGUGCCUUAUACAAAUGUGACACUAGAUGGCGAUGAUGAGCUAUGGCAAAUUCAAUAUAUUUUUCAAAACAUUUUUUUAAAAAAACAAUUUUCGCAACUUUUUAAAAUAGAUUCCACCAGAGAAAGGCACCUGGAAAGGUGUGUAAUAUGGUCCCACUUACAGUUUUCUGGCUGCUGUUUGAGUUGUCUGAGCCCUGGCCAAAUAUUAUGGGAGGAGCUUGCAUAGAAACCAAACUGCCGUCAAAAGUGUCCUUCCCAACCAAGAGAACCCAAGUCCAAAGGGGGGACCCGGGAGACACCACUGUCUUCCAUAUGCAAAAUUAAGGAGUUCAAAAAAACCAGAUACCAAAACUAGGUAUCUGAUGCCAGCGUAUCUGUCCAUUGAUAUAUGAAUACUCUGGGCUCCAGCACCAAAUGGAAUGUAAAACAAUUAGUUCACUGGGUUCAUGUUAUUUUUAUUUUUAUUUUUGUUUCAUAAAAUUUAUACACUGCUUGAUUUAAAAAAACAAACAAACCUCAAAGGGGUUUAUGAAAAGAUCAAACAAUAAAAUCGAGAAAAAACAACAGCCAUACUUUAAAAGUUAAAAUACUAAAACAGAUUAAAAUUGCCUCAACGUUCUAAGCAUCUGGCUAGGCUUGCCAAAACAAAAAUGUCACCGUUUCUCAGAGUGGCCUACUUUGCAGGACUGUUGUGAGGCUGUAAAUGUGAGAUGACAUGUGGGGUUGUCAGCCAACCAACUUCUACACAAAGUAGACCUAAGUGAGUUACGGCCAUUAAUUUCAGUGGGUCUACUCUGAGAAGGACUAACAUGGGCCAUUGCCAUUCUCCUUUUGGGAAGGGUUGAGUUGCUUGGAUUCUGGUUGGCUUCAAGUGUUUCCACAGUGAUAAAGAUGGUAAUAAUACAAUUUUCUUGUCCCUUUGACUCCCGACAUCCCUGUCAGCUGCCAGUCAUGGAAGACUGUGGUGACAAGUCCGUCUGCACACCUCGCUUGAGCUUAGCUGUUGAAAUGGAGUGAGUCUUCUGAAUGUGUUUUUAUUUUUGUAAUGUGCUUUUGGCCAUCAGAUAGGGGAAGGAAAACCCCAUUUUGGGCCACAUUUGCACCAUCCACUCAAAGCGCUGUAUUACCACUAGUCAUGGCUUCUUCCCCCAAAGAAUUGUGGGAGUCGUAGUUUGUUGAGACUUCUUAGGAGCCCCACAUUCCCCCCACAGAGGUACAAUUCCCAGAGUGGUUCAGCAGUCAAUCCCUCUUCACAGGGAACUCUGGGAAUUGUAGCUCUGGGAGGGGAAUAGGGGGCUCCUAACAACUCCCUUUGGGACACGGGUGGCUCUGUGGGUUAAACCACAGAGCCUAGGACUUGCCGAUCAGAAGGUCAGCAGUUCGAAUCCCCGCAACGGGAUGAGCUCCUGUUGCUCAGUCCCUGCUCCUGCCAACCUAGCAGUUCGAAAGCACCUCAAAGUGCAAGUAGAUAAAUAGGUACCACUCCGGCGGGAAGGUAAACGGCGUUUCCGUGCGCUGUUCUGGUUCGCCAGGAGCGGCUUAGUCAUGCUGGCCACAUGACCCGGAAGCUGUACGCUGGCUCCCUUGGCCAAUAAAGCGAGAUGAGCGCCGCAACCCCAGAGUCGGCCACGACUGGACCUAAUGGUCGGGGUCCUUUUACCUUUACUUUAACAACUUCCUUUACAAACUACAGCUCCCAGAAUUCUUUGGGGGGCAAACUAUAAGUAUUUAAAGUGGUAUCAAAGUAUUUUUCAUAGAUGGUGUGAAGUAAAAUCCAUUCACUGAGCCUAUGCUGUCGAGACAGCGCAUAAAUUUAACCAGAAAUGUCCCUUUCCAGACAUACUUUUUAUUGUGCAUUCAUGAUGAUUUGGGCUCAUGGUGGUAUCAUGGUGGUUAUCAGCGAUCCCACUUUUGCUACCAUUUCUGGAUAUAAUAAUAAUAAAUAAUAAUAAUAAAUUUUAUUUAUACCGCGCCCUCCCCGGCCAGAGCCGGGCUCAGGGCAACUAACACCAAUAAAAUCACAGUAAAAACAUAAUGGGGGGGGGGGGGGACGGACCAAUUUAAAAUACAGUUAAAAUGCAAUUUUUAAAAUGCAGCCUCAUUUUAAAAGUAACAGAUAGAUCAAGACCAUAAGGGGAGGGAAACAUAAGGGUCAGACUGAGUCCAAACCAAAAGCCAGGCGGAACAGCUCUGUCUUGCAGGCCCUGUGGAAAGAUGUCAAGUCCCGCAGGGCCCUAGUCUCUUGGGACAGAGCGUUCCACCAAGUCGGGGCCAGUACUGAAAAGGCCCUGGCUCUAGUUGAGACCAAUCUAACCGCUUUGUGACCUGGGACCUCCAAAAUGUUGUCAUUUGUGGACCUUAAGGUCCUCUGCGGGGCAUACCAGGAGAGGCGGUCCCAUAAGUGGUGAUCUGGGCUGUCUGACAAAAGUUUCAGUUUUUAAGAUGUCACAAGACCUUGCGCUGUUUUUACAGUGUCCGCGGGUCUUGAAAUACUAUCUCUUAUUUCAUUACAGGAAGGAGCUGGUGGUUGGCUCCACCAAGGAACUGGCAAUGAAAAUCUAUCUGUCCAACAGUGGCGACAACUCCCACAUGACGUCUCUGGUUGUGCAGUACCCUUCAAACCUCCAUUUUAAAAACGUCCAAGAGGUCAUGUCUUUCUCUGAACUUUCCCAGGGUUUAACUGGUCUUCUGUACCCCAAUCUGGGCAGGUAGGGGGGCUAUAGCACAGUGGCAGAACACCUGCUCUGUGUGCCUAAGGCUCCAGCCUCUCUACAUAGGGCUGGGAUGAUGACUCCGUGCUGGGAAGCCUGAAGAGCCACUGCCAGUCAGUGCAGACAGUACUGAGCUAUAUGACCAAGGGUCUCACACGGGGAAAAGGUAUAUUCAGAAUCACGAGGACAGGAAUCUCACUUUAUUUUGCGCCCAGAAAGUCCCAGGCUCAGUUCCCAGUAUCUCCAGAUAUGAAACAUAGAUGGACAAAUAGACUAUUUCUAUUGAAUUCAGAACCAUGAUGACUGGAAUCUUGUUUUUUUUUUAGGGGAAGAGGAGCCACAGCUCAGUGGUAUAGCAUUUAUUUCGCACGCAAAAGAUCUCAAUUCUAACCUCUGGCAUUUUCAGUUAAACUUAUGGGAAAGGCCCUUUCUCUGCCAGACCCCCUAGAAAGCUGCUACUGGUCAGAACAGAUAGCUGAAGGGUCUGACGUGGUAUAAGGCACUGUCUCACGUCCCUAGCUAUUUCCUCAGGUACAUGCUGUAUCAAAAGGGGUUUCUGGGACAUUCUGGAUUGAAGGAAGAUUCCUGUUCUGCCCCUUCCCCCAUGUCUCAACAGAUUUCCUCUUCUGUCAUCCACUGUGAUGCACCUCAGCCAGUCUCAGUUUUAUUCUCAUCUCUGCGCUGCAAGGUUGGCCAUCCGAUCUUCAAGAAAUCUACCGUAAGUUCAAUUUGUGCAGGCAUUCAGCUACUCCCUAGACUUCUGCCUGUUGCCUUUGACACCCACCUCUGCCAGCCAUUGGCUGAGCUGCUGCAUGACAUCAUGGAAUGUUUGCCGAACAUUCCAGCCGCUCACGAGAAUAUUGAUAUACGCAGCACCCGCAGUGCUUUCUCAGAAUGCCAGAUGUGCCAGUAGGUUUGGCAACCAAUGUGAGAGUCAAACCAAACAGCUGUUUCAAAGGCUGCCCAUCAAAGCUUAAACAUGGAAGGACGAGUGCAGGAUUUGAUUAUUUUGCUUAAAUACUCAUUAUCUAGUUACAGGGUAAAGGUAAAGGGACCCCUGACCAUUAGGUCCAGUCGUGGCCAACUCUGGGGUUGCGGCGCUCAUCUCGCUUUAUUGGCCGAGGGAGUCGGCGUACAGCUUCCAGGUCAUAUGGCCAGCAUGACUAAGCCGCUUCUGGCAAACCAGAGCAGCGCACGGAAACGCCGUUUACCUUCCUGCCAGAGCGGUACCUAUUUAUCUACUUGCACUUUGAUAUGCUUUUGAACUGCUAGGUUGGCAGGAGCAGGGACCGAGCAACGGGAGCUCACCCUGUCACGGGGAUUCGAACCUCCGACCUUCUGAUCAGCAAGCCCUAGGCUCUGUGGUUUAACCCACAGCGCCACCCGCGUCCCUAGUUACAGGAUAAAUUGACAUAAAUCUGAUAUCAGGAAUCACAAGACAGAGAAACCUGUAGGAGAACACUUUCAAUCUCCCAGAACAUUCUAUACAAGAUCUCAAAGUAGCUGUCUUAUUACAAAAGAAUUUCAGAAAUAGACUGGAAAGAGAAGUGGCUGAAUUGCUACUUAUUACCAAACUUAAAACCAUGGAGAGACCUGGUCUGAACAGAGACACUGGAUUCUUAUCUCAUUAUACAUAAGCUGUUUUUAGCCAUCUCACCCCUUGCUUUUUCCUGUAAGACCAAUUGCAGUCGUCAACAGGUUUACCACACCUAUCAGCCAAUCACCCAUUCCCACCACCCUUCUGAGUAAUACCCCUCCCCACCCUCUCACUAUACAUAAGGGUCUGGUGACUUCUGUUUCAGUGUAUCUGAAGAAGUGUGCAUGCACACGAAAGCUCAUACCAAACUUAGUUGGUCUCAUAACAAACUAAGUUGGUCUCUAAGGUGCUACUGGAAGGAAUUUUUUUACUCAUUAUGUAAUUCUUGCUCUCUCUCUUCUUUCAUUUGCUGCACAGGCAAAUUUUUCAGUGACCUGGCAACUAGAUGGGAAAAAAUUCCCCACAGAAUCUGCUAACUUCAUGCUUAACGUUACCAAGUAAGUGGUCAGUCUCUGCUGAAAACUAUUGACUCGGACAGGGCAAAUGAUCAUGUUUGGCACAUUACUUUUUUAUGCCUGGUGUUUUAUUAACGUGCAUUGCCAAAGUAGAUUGGGGUGGGUGGGUGAGCUGGAAUCUCCAGAGGCCACUAACUAGGUUGGAGAAGGCUGUUUUAGAGUCAUCGGGUACUACAGAAAGCUAACAGUCAUGUUCUGGGGAAAGAGGUGGGAUAUAAAUGAAUAAUACAACUCAUCUAUUUGAUUUUCACAGUGCCAACAAAAACAGCACAGCCCUGAGAGAAGACCGUUCCCUGGGUGUGAAAUAUGCCAUGAACGCCAUCCUCACUAGGUCAAGUCUUCAGGAUUAGCCAAAACUAGAAUGUCUCUUUGGACACAAACAAAUGAGCAAGACUUGGGCUAUGCUUAAUUUUUUAAAGCUAUUUUUGAUUUUGAUCCUCUUUUGAAUGCUAUGGUCUAAACCACUGAGCCUCUUGGGCUUGCUGAUCGGAAGGUCGGCGGUUUGAAUCCCCGCGACGGGGUGAGCUCCCGUUGCUCUGCCCCAGCUCCUGCCAGUCUAGCAGUUUGAAAACACACCAGUGCAAGUAGAUAAAUAGGUACCGCUGCGGCGGGAAGGUAAACGGCGUUUCCGUGCGCUCUGGCACUCAUCACAGUCCUUCGUGCACCAGUAGCGGUUUAGUCAUGCUGGCCACAUGACCCGGAAAACUGUCUGUGGACAAACGCUGGCUCCCUAGGCCUGAAAGCUAGAGGAGUGCUGCAACCCCAUAGCCGCCUUUGACUGGACUUAAACGUCCAGGGGUCCUUUACCUUAAACCCGUUUUCAGUUGAUAAUUUUAAGGUUUUAUUUUCUGCUUUUCCAAAUGUUAGAGGGUUAAAUAAAAUAAAAAGUAGUAAAAAUAACUCCCAGCAGCCUGGCCAGUGACAAGUCAGGAGUCGAACAUCUGGAGGUUACCACCAUAAACACUUAGUAUCCUAGAAAAGCCUCUGGUGUGUCUGUGGGCAGAUCCGAAUAGAUCCGCGAAGACCAAGGUGGCAUUAAUGCAUGGAAGUGUGUGUGCAUCACCCAAGUUCCCUCUGCUCCUUGUGCACUGCUGAUGCUUUAUUUUGCAAUGAUCAAACAGCUGUCCAAUUAAUUUAUUUUAAAAAUGUUUGUCCACAGGCAGCUUCCAAAUGUGUAUGCGAGUCUGGAUGAAAGAUCCUCCCACAGCACCCAAUUCACCUUUAAUGUAGGUACAAAGCCGCUGUACUCUUCCUCUCAUCCCAAAGGUUCACUGUUACCUGAUGUCGGUGUUUUAUAUUUAAAAAUAUAAAAAUCUUUGCAGAUCACAGGGAACCAAUUUGGGGCACAGCUUGAGUUGCGGAUCUGGGUCCCUCUCAACAUAGACAACCGCCAGAUUGCAAGCAUAAAGAACGCGGCAGGGGUGCAGGUAAGUUUUCUGGUUUCCUCCCACUUUUUUAAAAAAUAAACAAGCACGUGUGAGUAUAGCUAUAAAGAUAUGGAGCUGCUGGGAUGAUAGCGCAGUGCCAGCAUCUGCCCCACUGCCUCUUAAGGGGGCAUUCCCCAACCACUGGUGGCUGGUUGCUCAUUCGGGCUGCUAAGACAGAGAAGGCAGGGAGCCCAAACAGGGAGUGGAGUCAGAGCCAGCAAAAGCCAACUAAUUCUAGCCCAUUCUAGAAUCACCAUAUUUUUUGCUCCAUAAGACACACCUAGUUUUUAGAGGAGAAAAGCAAGGAAAAAUAUAUUCUGAACGAAACAGUGGGUGUAUGGUUUUUGUGGUUCAUGCAGUGGCCACAGUCAUGUGAUUUGACGGUGAGUUUGGGGUAGCCCAAUGCAAAAAUCCUGAGGAUCCAUGUGCUUUUACCUCCCCGUUCCCAGGCAGUCUCCUUUAUCUCUAACGUCCCUUAUCUCUCUCCCCUAUCAGCGGCUUUGUUUCAACACCCACUUCCAUCUUUCAAAAAAAGAAGAAGAAGAAAAGCAUGAUCUGCUUUUUGCCCCUGGGCAAUUCAGCUCCAGGGACCACACAUUCACUCCACAAGACGCACAGACAUUUCCCCUUACAUUUUAGGAAGAAAAACGUGCGUCUCAUGGAGCGAAAAAUACGGUAAGUUGCCAGCUUCCAUGCCAAGGAAGCUGGCAACCUGGACUUGGUUGUAAGGCAGGCUGAGGUUGGGGGAGCAGUUUGUGAUUCCCCCAAUGGACCAUCCUGCACAUCUGUAGCUCACCACCACCCUUCAGCCCAACAGGUGGGGGGGGGGACCUCUCUGGCCCUCCAGAUGUUGCUGAACUACAACAUCAGUCCAACUAGCAUGACUAUUGGCUAAGGGCGAUCGGACUUGUAGAACAGCACCUUUUCUGUAGCCUGGGGAUAAAGUAAAACCUGGCUAGACUGACGUGGUUCAUUUAUGUGACCUCUGGGUUUACUAGGCUGGGGCGGGGCAGGUAGAGAGGAGAGCCAAUGAACCUCAAGGGUCCUACUAAAGAGACAUGGGUGUGGUACAAUUUAUAGUAGACAAACUGUAUAGUUCCAACCAUUACAAAAAUACAGUCAUAAAAAAUAUACGUACAUACAUACAAGUUGGACGCCAUAUAAAUCUUUACCAAUAUAAAACAGUGCUCUUAACAGGUUUAAUACUGUGAAAGUUAAACUAGCUACAGUCUGCGUGUUUUUUUUUAAAGGAACUAUAACAUUGAAGGAUAAAAUCCUGCAAGAUUUUUUUAAAAAAAAGAUUUAGAAUAAAGGCUUUAAUUAAAGAUGCAUGGACCUAAAUUCUGAAUUAAAUGUUUUUGAACUGAAAGCAAUUUGGUGGAGAGGAGGUGUAAAUUAGGCUGAAAUCUAUUAGACAAAACACAAACCAAUUAUUUUGAAGAUCCAUUGCAAUUGACCAAAGGUGAAACUAAAAGUUGAGAGAAAAAACGCCUUAUCUUUUAUUAUAUACAUAAAUCAUAAGAAAUACCUGCGUGCUUACAAUAGCACCCGAAAGUUUCACCAUUCGACAACCACAAGGCUCGGUUUAAUCACUGAAAGAAAUUGCUUGUGUUCAGCAAAUCUGUGGCAGACUUGAAGCUGAGAACCUCCUCACAGAACAGCUUGAGCUGCUUGUGUGCUUGUUUCAAGGAGGAAGUUGUUGGCUUCCUCUUGUAAGACACCUCUUUCAGAAGUUUGUCUGCUAAAUAGUGAAGCCACAAGACGUUGCUGUGGGGGAAGUAGUCAGCCCAGCGGUUUGCGUUCUCCUCUCUCAUCUGCCUGUAAAUGUCAAACUGAUAGUCACCUCUGCCUUGGAAGAUCUCCUCAUCAGUGGAGAGGUCACAGUACACGGUUAACCCAUCCCUCUCCAGCCUGGAGAAGGUGUAGUCAAUAAUGUUGACAAGGAUGCCAUGGGUGGGGAGAGUGUGGGUCUCCCCAUUCAAUCUAAAGCUCACCUUCUUUAAGGGGGUUUUCUUCACCAGCACAUUGCCCCAGUGGAGAUCUCGGUGCUCAAAGUGCAAAGCUUCCUCAGCCACGGCCAGCGAAGCUGUGACUUGGUGCAAGAUGCUCUUGGAGGCCAGCACAGAGUUCAGCUGCCGGUUCUGCAUGUAUUCCAGGUCCAUGCCUCCAUACUCAAACUCCAAGACCACAAAGAGCUGCCGGUCUCCAAAGAAGUCUGGCCGGUUGUUUUCAGACACUCUCAGCCUGUGGUAUUCAUCCCAGGCAGCCAGGAGACGGUCAGGGUAGCUGCCCUGGACACAGUGAAUGGAAUGCAAGCUGAUAAACCCAGACGUUUGGUGAACCUCCUCAUCUGCCAAAAGGCUGAGCUCUUUUGAAAUGAUGAUCUCGGGUAAGAUCUCACCAAAGGUCUUUUGAGGUUCUCCGUUGACUUGGUCGCUCCCUUCAAUGGGGAUUAUUUUUAAAGCUGUGAGACCCCUUUCACCCUCUGUCCUGAAAACCUCCCCAAAAACACCUUCUCCAAUUUUCUCACACUUCUGCAUCUUAUCGGGGGUGAUGCAUUCCUCAAAGGAGAUGGGGCCACUCUGAUGGCAUUCCCUGUAGACUUUUUCCUCAUCCGUUAGAACCAUCUCUGACAUGGCAGAAGAGGUCAUGGACGACAGCAGGACCAUAGAGGAGGAAGGGGAUAUAGAGUAGCUCAGUUUUUGAGUGAAGGGGGUCUUGGGAGUCUCCAUCACGGAAGGAAGAGAAGCAUUGGCAAUGCUGCCGCUUAAGCUUUCCACCUCGGACAGGAUGAUCUUUUUCUUGUGGAGAGAAAAAGAAGCCCGGAUCCUGCGCCACAAGCUGGAGUUCUUGAAUGAGCACUCUGGAGACAGAAUUGACGAGGAAAGAUAGUCUUCCGUUUUGUUGCAUUUCAAGCGUUCCUGAAGGAGGGAAGGAUCAGCCUGCCUUUUCCGCCCCAAGUGCCUCUUCUGCCUUGCUUUCUCAAGCUUCCCUCGUUGUCCCCAUCGACUGGUACUGAAUCCACUGAUGCAGGCUUUUCGACCAGUGCCUACGGUGCUACAGGUGGGGACCAACUUUCUGCUGGUGUCAGAUAGGCCACAGAGAGAAUCUGACUGCAAAGUAUGUUGUUUUUUCCAAGAAAGGUGGACUACUGCUUGUUUUUUGCUGGACUGACUAGCCAACCAGUUUGGCACCACUCGACUGUCCAGGAGCACAGUGGGCUGAAGCUGGGGGCUACUAUAGUCUUUUAUGUUAUCAUUCCCUUCUUCCGAGACCGCUCCGUUCAGCUCACCAACUGCCUUUGGAGAACUGGUGCAUGCUUGAACUGAGACACGCUGCCUCUUGUUAGCAAGAGGCGCUGCAUCUUUUGGCAAGCAGAGGUAAAUCUUGUCAUCAUGCAAAUUGGCUUGUAGCUGGAAAACACCCGAAAGAGGCUCUUUUGGUGACACUGGGAGGCUCUGGCCAUGAUCUGCACCCGGGCUUUGACUGGGGCUGACCACAUAACACCCCGGCGAGAUUGUGAACCCUUCCCUGUUUUGCAAAGAUGCUCCCAUCUCACUGCAGGAAUUGCAAGACUGCAAGGCAGAGCUGCUUUUGAACAGUGGAUGGGGUGAGCUGCUGCAGUGCGGCUGAAAUAACGUCACUGGCAGAGGUUCAGCCUGGGAAUCCUCGUGCACAGACUUCCGCUGUAGACUCGGGACAUCCUCCAGGGUGAAGAGCUCCAAGCUGCCUCCCAUCUCCCUGGCAUCCCCAUCCAUCUUCAUUGAGCUCAGCUCAGAGAGGCCAUCGCCGCCGCCACCACGACAGCAGUCCUCUCGCAACACUUCCUGCAGAUCGUCGGGAUGGAAGCAGCAGGUGUAAGAGGCAGGGCUGCUGCUCUGCAGGACAAUCUCCUCGCCUCCCUCUUCCUCCAAAUCCCUUUUCGCCAGCUGCGGCAGCUCAGGGGUGCUCGACAGCAACGGGAACCGUAUACUCAGCCCUCUCUGGACCGGCUUCCGGCGGCGCUGAGUGACGUUCCUGCGCAGCGGGGUGGGGGGCACAAAGGUGUUGUUGGCAGCAAGCCGGCCCCCCAGCUCUCCUUGCGGGGCCUUGUUCUCCUUGGCCCCUUUCCCCUUUUUCUUGGCUGUGCCCUUCUUGCUGGGGGGCUUUUUGCGCAGCCGGGCCUUCCUGCUGGGUGGCAGGAAAUCGGAGUCCUCGGAGGAGAAAGAAGGAGGGGCAGCCGGAGCCUUUUCCUGGGUCGCCUUGGGGGGCAGGUAACUCAGGUCUCCGAAGGAGGAAGAGGCGGCCGUCUCUUCGAAGGACAGGGAGGAGGAGCAGCUGCUGCUGAAGAGGCGCUUGCGGUCCACCGGGGGCGAGAUCCAGGGGGCGGGAGGGGGCAGCCGCCUCAGCCCAGCCCGGCGAGCGGCAGCAGCGGAGGCCGCGCCCGGCCCGCCUCGGCCUAGUCCCCCCCGCAGCCCCGAGUACGUCCUCAGCAGCCGGGCCCGAGGCUGCUCCAUGCGAGCGGAACCAGGAGGCCCAGCCCGAGCGCCCCUCACCCCACACGGGAAGUGGUCGGCCGGAAGCGGGCGAGGGGGCGGGACCCUCGAGGGGCGGGUUCCUUCUCCUGCGCUAGGCUACGGAGCGGAGUUCGGCGCGCCCGCCACCAUUUCAAAGCCAGCUCUCGCGAGAACCCCGGCGGAACUUCCCUUAAAGCUGCCUUCGCGAGAGGCUUCCGCGGCCACCGCAGCCAAUCGGGAGCGUGGCCCGAGCCUCUCGCGAGAUUUUUCGAGAAGAGGUGGGGUUGGGGAGCGGUUUGCUCCUUCCCAUUACUGUCUUGCCUUUCCCGUCUCUAUGGUAGGGAGCGCCGUCCCGCGCUUCUAACCUCAUUCUUUUCCUCAUUUCCUAGAGGAAAGGGGAAUAAGGACGACGCUCUACACCUUAGCGUCGGGUUGGGUUCUUGGUCGCCAUUUGAAGGGUCAGGCUGGGGAAAGCUGCGUUCAGUUGAGGGUGUGUGGCGGGAUUAUUCUUUCUGGAUAUAUAUAUAUCUGGAGCGCAUAUAUAUGUAUAUGUAUAUGUAUAUAUGUGUGUGUGUGUGUGUGUGUAUAUAUAUAUAUAUAUAUAUAUAUAUGUAUUAUAAAUAAUUAAUGGGUGGUAUGUACUUUUAUGCGCAGAACCAUUGAAAUUAAUGAACGUUAAGCCCAUUCAUUUUUAUGGGUCAACUCUUGAGUAUAACUAGCGCUGAAAAAAUAAAAUAUUUCUUUUCCGUUUAUUGCUUUUAUAUUCUUAAUAUUCAGGAUUUCAAAGCAGUGCGCAUAAACUUCAAAGAAAAACCGUACACACAACAAAAAAUACGAAUCCAUCGUGAGAACAGAAAACCACCUUAGAAUGCCUGUUGAAACGUUUAUAUCCAGCUGCCUUUGCAUCCUGACUAAUGUUUCCCCCAUGAAUUCCGCCCCCCUCAGGAUUGCUUUGUACAGUGUAAUUUUUAAAUUGCUGCUACUAAAAUGAAUUCCAAACACAGCAAUCUGCAAUAGGUGGCGCAUUAAGCACAUUGUAUUUUAAUAUUUUGUUGCAAGCCGCCUAGAGUGGCUGGGGUAUAAAUUAUUAUUAUUAUUAUUAUUAUUAUUAAUUAAAUAGUUAAUGCCCUUUGAAAUGAUACAUUUGAAAAUUGCUAAUAAUUAGAAAUAAAGUUUCUCAUUACCUGCCUCCCCAGAGCUCACCAUAAACUAUAUGGUUGAGCAUUGUAUCAGCUGUUUAUCACUGUACUGUUCAAAUAAACAUGUAAUUAACCAAGUCAUUAAAGCCAGGCUGCUGAGGUCCCUGGUGUACAGUAAGACGAGCACCAGCAGCUGGAACUUUUACCAUCUGCUAACUUUCUUUCUCCUCUGUACAAACGUAUUUAAGUCAAUAUGUGUUGUUGGGGUUUUUGGGGGUUUGUUUGUUUUUUUUGUAAUGCCAAAUUCAUUCUGUGUUUGCCAAAUUGUUGGUUUUUGUUCUAUUUGACCUCCUUGGCCUGUUUUGUAAACUGCCUUCUUCCCCGCCCCAUUUUUUGAUUGUAUUUUUAUAAGAGGUGGAUGUUUGUUGUCCCCAAAGCCGAAAGGAAGCAUCAAAAUAAACUCAAUCUAUUUAUUAUUUAUUAUUUUUUAUCAAUUUAUUAAAGGUCCUUCUAGAAUCAGCCCUACAUUUGUAGCAGGGGCAUAAGAAUUCUGGACUACAGGGUAGCAAUAAAACACUUUUCUUUUUUUGGCUUUUUGGUGGAGAGGGCUUGUGUUCCUAUCUAUGGCCCUUUGAGGAUUAAGACAAAUUCAUGGCGGAUCAGGCUUUCAAUUGGCCACAGGCUAUGAAGCCUACCUCCACUGUCAGAUUCAGACCAGCUAUCCCUAUGUUCCAGGGGCAUCCCUGAUUUAGAGAAGCUGUUUCUGAUUGGAACCCGGAAUGUCCCACUUUUCCGUAGGAUGUCCCUGUUUUCAUUGGAGGGUAUGGAGUUAUCCGAUCCCCAAGCUGUCUGAAGACAAUCCUGUAUAGGGAAGUUUUUUUUAAUGUUAAAUGUUUUUAUUAUGUUUUUAUAUAUGUUGGAAGCUGCCCAGAGUGGCUGGGGCAACCCAGUCAGAUGUGUGGGGUAUAAAUAGUAAAAUUAUCAUUAUGGAAUGGGGCGUCCCUAUUUUCAUCGGAGAAAUGUUGGAGGGUUUGCAGAUUCAGUAUGCCUUUCAAUACCAGUGUGAAAAUAGGAUGCUGGCAUCAGGCUCUCACUGAUGCAGCAACAGCUUCUACCUUAAGUCCUUUAAUUUCAGUGGGUCUUCUCUGAGUAGGAGUAACAUUGGGUACAAGCCAAUGUUAUUAUUUUAAAAGAGGCAACAGUAUAUGAUCAGAAAUCUGUACGACUUUAAUACUGCACAAGCGCUAUACAUAUAAAGCACACUCAAACAUUGUUUCCCUCAAAGGAUUACCCUUCACAGAGUUGCAAUUCACAGCAGCUCUUAACAAACUACAGUUCCCGGAAUUCUUUUAGAUAAGGAAUGUGUUUAAAGGUAUAUUGUGUACAUGGCCUAAGUGCUAUGAGUUGUAUCAAAUUAAGUGUUCUGAAAUUAGUGCUGAAAUUAGACCAUGCCCAUUCAUUCCCGUGUUGCUUACUCUGAGUAUGACCAACAUUGGACACAACCCUGUUUCAUUCAUUUUUUCUCCUCUUUCAUCAGAAUACCACUGUGUGCAAAACAGACCUUGGACGCACAGACUCGAAGGUAAAAAUAGGGCUGUGGAGGGAGGAAGCAUGUUUGCUGAUCAUACUCCUGCCCUUUUGCCUCUCAAGAAGGCAGCUUACAAGAAAUCCAUACAUACAAAAAUUGGUGGGGUGGGGGGAGACAGAGAAAUUAAACAGGAGUGAAAAUACCAAAUAACCAGGAGUUUUAGUUUUUUUCAAAGCAAACAAAACCCAAAUGUAAUUAAUAGGUGACUUUUUUCUACCAACCAAAAUCUGUGGGUUACAAUCAAAGGCUGCUUCAGUUACCAGAAACAGGCCCGUUGCAAACUGUUACCAGAGAAAUGGUGCCUUUUGAUGGCCCAACUCCCCAAGUUCAUUACCAGCCAGAGAUUAAUGAGCUGAGGCAGAAAUCAAGUGAAAGCAAAGCUGAUUUUUUAACUACUGUAUCCGUUGCAACAGAGUCCCACUCCCCUUUUGUCAGGAGGUGAAGGACCCAGAACUAAGUAAAAACAACUCUUCUUAAAAGUUUGCAUUUUGGCAUGGAGAAGGACCUCCCCUUCUGCAGGGUCAUCUGGGAUAAGUGUCAGGGUUACAUCACAUACUAGGUGGAGUCAGGCAAACCAGAGUGUCAUAUUCCUGAGUAAUAGCUUGUUUUCACACAGUUCCAGACAGAGUUUACACAAAGUAUUGACAUUGGAAAUAGAGUUUGUGAAUCCAGGAUUCUCUAAAACAGAUCCUUCAGUGAAGGUGGAGUUGCAUUGUGCACAAUUAUUGUCUCUCUUCCGCUCUGUUUUGAAAUAUGUGCUCUUUCUCUGUCAGGACAGCGAGGGAGUUGGAUACCAGCUCGUGAGUUGUACCAUCACAUCAGAGAAGGAGGACGUGGUUGUGAUGGCAGAGCUACCUUUAGCCAAUUCCUUACAGGUAUAUGCUGCGGGGAGAGAUUCUUUUCCAGGGGCAAAGAUCCACCACUGAGUAGUAGAUCGGGGUGAGGAAUGUCUGGCUGUUUCCCCCUAAACCCCAUAGCCAGCAUCAUAUGUGAUGUCAGGCAUGACUGGAAGCCUCAAAGUGCACUCCUGGUUGUGCUUUGGCAAGAGAAAACAGGCUUCGGCUGUUCAGCCCAAAGCCUGCUAGAUCGACUGCAUGAGUUCUCUGCAGGGAGCGCAAUUGUGAAGCCUGGGGAAAAAACUGGUGAGUGCUUUGACAUCCUCAGGUGCUUUGACGUCCCGACUUUGGGAUUUCAAAGUGCCCAGUCCCUUGAUAUAAUUGUGGCGUCAGGUGAUCAACAGGUAGGUGGCCCUGUCCUCCUUACAAAUUUGACCCAAGAGACUAGAAUCUGGUCCGCGUAGCCUUAAUAGUCCCCUCUCUGCACCAUGGAGAAACUUUGAAAUUUAGAAAGCUGCUUUGUGUUGAAUCAGAUCCUUGAUCUAUCUUUGUCUACACCAGGUGUGGGAACUUCUGACCCCUGAACUGUUGCAGCUCCUUUCAUCUCAGGCCAUUGGCCAUGCUUGCUGGGGCUUGAAUCCCAGCUUGGGAGAAAGUCAGGAUAUAAAUGCAGUAAAUAUGUAAAGAAACAGCAGAAGGGCUAAAGGUUCCCCAUGCCUGGCCGAUACUGGCUUUCCUCAUUUAACUAUUGGAAUUAUUAUUAUUAUUAAUCAUUUGUACCCUGCCCAUCUGGCUGGGUUCCCCAGCCACUCUGGGCAGCUUCCAACAAAGAUUAAAAAAUACAUUAAAAUGUCACACUUUAAAAACUUCCCUGAACAGGGCUGCCUUCAGUUGUCUUCUAAAUGUCAGGUAGUAGUUGUUCUCUUUGACAUCUGGUGGGAGGGCGUUCCACAGGGCGGGUGCCACUACUGAGAAGGCCCUCUGCCUGGUUCCCUGUAGCUUUGCUUCUCACAGUGAGGGAACUGCCAGAAGGCCCUUGGCACUGGACCUCAGUGUCCGGGCAGAACGAUGGGAGAAAUUCCAGCUGGGUGUCGUAAACAUUGCUGUCACUUCUUCCGCUCCUUCCUUUUAGGUCUUAGAAAACAGGACUGACUUGCUGGUUCGAGGGGAAAUCGUUUUCGACAGGAACCUUUACGUGGGCCUGAAUGCGGAAAAUUACAAAACAGAGGUAACUGGCGGGAGGCAAGGCACUUCAGGCCCGUUUCCACAGGGAAGAGUGAACCGGAAGUGAGAAAUGGGGCUCUUUUCAGUCCUUAGCACAGCAGGGCCAGCCCUAUCAUUGGGCCCUGGGGAGCAGCGUCCCUCUGCAACUGGUUGUAGGGGGUCACGAAAGGGCAGCAAAUGUUUAAUAGCAUGAUUUAUUAUCUUCUGGUUGGAUUUUCACUGUGUUUUUCUACACCUACACACCCAGGCAGCUGUGAAUGUGCAGUCCACUCAUGUUUAUGAGGGAGCGGAAACAUUUAAACAUUUAACAUUUAAUACUUAGAAUUAGCCAAAUUGACAGAUAUAAUAAGACAAAAACCAAAAAGUGAAGUUAAAAAAGAAUGGGAGUGUCUAAAUGAAUACCUCAAAAGUCAAGGUUCGAAGGCAGAAAUCUGGCUGAGUCUGGAAUAACCUUGUGAAGUGAAAGGAUAUGAAAGAAGGAUUUUUAUCUAGAUGUUAGGAUAGAGAGGAUAAAGAAAACAGGAAGACAGAAUGAGAGAUAAAGGAGGUGCUGUGGGAUUGGUGGAAGUCAAUGUUUUGUUGUUGUUUUAGUGUUUAUAAUAUUAACUUGUAAGAUGGAUUUGUUUGUCUUUUGUUUUGUUGUUGUUGUCUUUUUUAGUUUUCGAAUGUUGGUUUUUGUGUGUUGUGUAUUGUUAUCUUUUGAUAUCUUUCGUGUUGUUGUGUGGAAAAUACUAAUAAAAUUUAUUUUUUUAAAAACCAUUUAACAUUUAAGGUUGUAGCAGAGCGCUGAAUGCCUCAAGGUCUUAGGAUCGCUUCCCCUGCAAAAUGCAUCCGCUUCCCUUGUUUCUGUUUUGCCCCUUGUCCGUAGAUCAAGGUGAUCUUGCUGAAGGAGAAAGUGUUUGAUUUCCUUCCCUUCCUCAUCGGCAGCUCUGUGGGCGGCUUGGCGCUGCUGCUGCUAAUUACCGCAGUUCUUUAUAAGGUUAGUAUUCCUUCCACGGAGCCGUGUUUUAAAAAUAGGCUAGAUCAAGUCAAAUCCGAUAUUUACUGUCACGGUCCAUGAGCAGCGUUGAAGAAGCAAAGUAACAAGCGCGUCGGAUGCAUUAUCCAAAUGACUACAGCAGGAUAAAAUAAUAAGAGCAGCACAGAGUGAAAUAAAACGGGCACCAACGUUUCAGACUCUUGUAGUCAUGUCACGAGCUCCAAAGACGAAAAAGGUACAUCAUGUCUGGGGUCAGUUCCUGGCGGGUUUUGCUUGCUGCAGCACAAUGUUUGGCCACACUGAGAGCAAUAGAUGCAUUUUAGUCGCAGGGGAGUAAAAGGACGUAAAAUGCAUUGGUUGCCCUGGCAGAUUUAAUUAAAGGGGUUCAGUAAAGAUUUUGCACAGAUCUCAGCCAAGGAGCAAUACAGAAGGACUUGGGCCACUGACUCAACCUCUCCCAGAGGCGCUGGGGCGCUUGGGCUCGUGGUAGGGGGUGGUCCAGAUUGUUUUAGGAUGUUGUCAGUGGGAAGAUGCUGAUAUCUGAGUUGCUGCUACCAGGGGUGACUUUAAUAAUAAUAAUAGUAAUAAUAAUAAUAAUAUAUUUAUACCCCGCCCUUCUGGCUGAGUUUCCCCAGCCACUCUGGGCGGCUUCCAACAAGUGUUAAAAACAACACAGCAUCAAGUAUUAAAAACUUCCCUAAACAGGGCUGCCUUCAGAUGUCUUUUAAAGAGAAGAUAGCUGCUUAUUUCCUUCACAUCUGAAGGGAGGGUGUUCCACAGGGCAGGCACCUCUACCGAGAAGGCCCUCUGUCUGGUUCCCUGUAACCUCACUUCUCGCAAUGAGGGAACCGCCAGAAGGCCCUCGGCGCUGGAUCUCAGUGUCCGGGCUGAACGAUGGGGGUGGAGACGCUCCUUCAGGUAUACAGGAGCCAGCAUCAAGGGGGUUUGGUACAGACCACCGCAGAAGGGUUUUAUACCUGGGAAGGGCUGUAGGUCAGUGUUAGAGCACCUGCUUGGCAUGCAGAAGGUCUCUGGUUCAACCCCCAGAAUUUCCAGGCAGGACUGGGUAAGACACUGGCAUAAAACAUUGGAGGGUCACUGCCAAUCAGCAGGGAGACGGCAUGGUACCCUCCAGAUGUUGUGGGAUUCUAACUCCCAGCAGCGCCAGCUGCCAGCAGGGUCAGGGAUGCUGGGAGUUGUAGUUCAGCAGCAUCUGAAGAGCAUCAUGUUGGCUAUUGCUGGUCUAGAGAACUUUUAGCUGGGUGGGUCAGUGCCUUGACUCUGUAUAAAGCACCUUCCCAUGUAUAUAAAGGGAUGAGGAGCCUGUGGCUCUGGACUCCGGCUCCCAUCAUCCCAUGACCAUCAGCCCUGCUACCUGGUGCUGAUGGGAGUUGGAGUCUAGCAACCUCCUGAAAGGCACAGUCUCCCCUUCCCCCAUCCAUGGGAUUAGAGUGAACUUCUAUUGGCACAGGAGCAAGCAAGGGAGUUUGUAUUAGAAACUUGUAUUCUUUUACAACCAUGAAAGGCGUCUAUUACUAUUCUCUGCCUUUAAAAUUGAAACUACUGUUGCUGUUGUUGUUGUUGCUGCUGCUGCUUUAAAAAAAAAUGGAACAAAUUAGCCAGAUUCGCCGUGGCUUAUUUCUCCUCUCUUUUCACCCCCUUCUAGUGUGGUUUUUUCAAAAGAAAGUACAAAGAUAGGAUUGCAGAGCAGUGCGAUUCCUGA